AACCGGAUGGGCGGCCAAUGGCACGCGGAGAGCUCGAGAGGGCGUUGCAGGCGGAGGGAACACACGGGAGGUGACAGCUCAAACUCCUCCUAUUCUCACAAUGCUCAGGAGCGCAUUGUGGUGAACAUGGCAGAGGAGGAAGAUUAAGACCCGUCGAGCUGCUGCUGCUUCCUCCUCCUCCUGACCACCGAGCCACUUGUUGGCUGCUCUGAGGCCCCUGUGGUGGACGGCGCAGCGAUGGUGCGGGGCUCUGGUGAAGGGAGGCAGCGCUAGCCUUGCGGGCAGGCGAGCGAGCGGCCGGGUUGCGUUUGUGCGUGUGCUGAAUUCAUUUAUUAAUUCUGUGUGUAUGUGUGUGUGGAAGGCAGGCAGGCAAGACCAGGAAGCGCUACGAAUCCGGGGCUUGGCUCUGCGUGUGAUGAUCCGGCUAUGGAGGGGCAGCGUCGGGGAGCUAAGAAGGAGGCAGAUGCUUGGCCGGUGAGGCGGCUGGCGCGCCAGGGGCCCGCGGCCAGGGGCACAGCCGGCAGCCGUCGCCGCUGCUGCCGGGACCGGGCGCCGCUCGCCCGGUGCAGCAGCAGCAGCAGUAGCAAUAGCAGCAGUAGUUCGCAGCUGGGACUGGGCGCCCUUUGCAUUGCAACUCCGCAUUGCUCGUAUUAUUGCGGCUCCGCGUGAAAGGAGGAGGGCCAGCCAAGAGGAGGAAAGGAAAAGCGGGGGGGAGGCAUCGAGAGGGGAAGGGCAGAUCGCAGCAAGGAGGAUUGGAGGAGGAGGAAAGGGGGCAGCCGCCCGCAGCAGCAGCAGCAGCCAUGCUGCCCGGGGUGGGUGUGUUCGGCACCAGCCUGACCGCCCGGGUCAUCAUCCCUCUGCUAAAGGACGAGGGCUUCGCGGUCAAGGCUCUCUGGGGCCGCACUCCGGAGGAGGCGGAGGAGCUGGCCAAGGAGAUGAGCGUGCCUUUCUACACCAGCCGGAUAGACGAGGUCCUGCUGCACCAGGAUGUGGAUCUGGUCUGCAUCAACCUGCCGCCGCCGCUGACCAGGCAGAUCGCCGUCAAAACUCUAGGUGAGUCGACAUCGUGGCCCGGCUUUGUUGGGGGUGGGGUGGGGGGCGGAGGCCCUGCCCUGGAGCGGGAGGUGGGUGCGUGGAAAUAAGAGGUGGCUUUUUGAAAGGGGAGGCGCCAUGGGUUCAACCCUGUUGGGAAAUCCAUUGCCUUGGGUGGGGUCCUGUUGCAGCAACCCCUUGCGGGGAAAGGAAAGUGCUCUGCACAUGCCCAGAGGCAGGGACUUGUUAUUAUUAUUACUCCUUAUGCUCCAGAACCAUAGGUAGAAGAGCCGUAGCUCAAGUGCUUUGCCAGCAGAAGGUCUCUGGUUCAAUCUUUGGCAUCUUCAGGUAGGAAUAGGAAGUCUUCCUGCCUGAAGUGUCAGACCGCCGCUGCCAGCCUGUGUAGACAGUGCUGGGCAGUAGUCAGUCUUGGAAUAAGGCAUCUUCCUUAGGUGACCUGAUGCAAAGUGUUCUUAUCGGAGGCAUUAUGCUGCUGAGUAUUAGUUGCUGGGGAGCAUGGGCAGGAAAAUGCAACUGUGCCUAGGCAUCUGAUUGGCCACAGAAUGCAGGACUAGAUGGGCCUUUGGUCGGAUCCAGCAAGGCUAGUCUUACGUCCUUUAGACCUGACUCUUCCACAUAAAGAAGAUUCCAAUCCUCCUGAGGUUAUUUUAAGUCCCAGGCAUGGAGGGUCAUCUCAAAACAUUCCUGUAUUCUUUGUGAUUUGACCUGAGGUAAUUUCUAAAACUCAAGUCUUUUUGGAAGCCUCAGUUCUAGUCUGCAAACUCUAAUCCUGGGAGGAUUAAUUGGUGAAGGAAAGGUCCUCUGCACACACACAAAGGUAGCCUUGGCUGAUUUUUGGCACUGGAAAUGGGCUCCACUGCUGAGUCUUGGAGAACCUUCAAGUGAGGUGUAGUAAUUAGUGGAACAUAGCCCUUGACAGGCUCUAAUUUAAAGCUCAGGGAGGAGCUCUGACUAUCCUCUCACAUUUUUUCCAAACACACCUCGAUGAUUAUUUCUGGUUGGGAUGGAAUUCCUCUUUCCCAGGUGCUUCUUUGAAGCCAUGAGCUGCCUAUGCUUCUUUACUUAUCUUAUUUGUAUCACACCAUUUGUCAAUAAACUGAGGGCCAGCAUGUUUUGCCAUUGUUUCAAAGCUAAGAUAAAAAUAUCACAACCGCAAAAACUAUGUAGAGAACAGCUAUGCUGAGAGAAAGUAGAUGACUGAAAAUCACCCACCUGGAGAGCUUCAUGACUUGAGUGGGGAUUUAAAUUUAGUGUUUCUGAUUCAACACCAUCAUGCCACACUUUUAAAUGACACUGUUCUGCCUCUUUCUUGUGCUCCAUUAUUUCUGUUUUGGCGCCAGUAAGUAAGACAUUCCAAGUAUUAGUCUUUCAUGUACAGAUGAGUAAACUCGGGGUAUGUGCACAUUACCAUUUACUCUGCAUCCAGUGUGUUCCCACAGCUAGAUUUUGAGGCCACAGCCCAUAUCGAUCCUGUAGUUUCUUGGCAACAACUACUACUUGAGGUGUUAUUUUUUCAUGAAACCAGUUUCAAUCUGACUACAAAAUGUAAGCUGCAUUCACUUCAUGCUUCAGAAUGGUAUGAACCUUCAAGAUGGCUGUGUCACAUGCACAGAUGAGUGUGCGUGCGCAGAUGGGUGUGCAUGUGCUGGUGAGCCUCAUGAAUAGUUUGGGAAGGGGGAGGGGUUUUCAGGGGAGGGGAAACCAGAAGCGCCGUGCAUGUUAUGUGAACAUGCCUUCCUCUGAUGUGAACAACACUGUGCCGAUGUGGCUUGAAACUCAGCAGAGGAAAAUGGUUUUGCUGCAUUUUAAGCCACAAAUGUGAACAUACCCAAAGAGUAGGAAUUGGGAAUGCUGAGAGAGCUGUGAAAUAACUAUGGAUGUAUCUAGCUAGAAAUAAAUGUAGUUUUUAACUUUCAGUCGCUGCAAAAAAUGUCACCUGAUAUGUUCUUUUCUUUUGGGUGAGGGAGGGGAGAAAUGUUUUGUUUCUUAGCUUUCAUAAUCAAGGGCAGCUGUUGCCCAUUGGGUGGAGUUCUAAUUUUGUUUGCAUCCUCCCUGCUGAGGUCUAAAUGGGCAACACUUAAGAGUAAGGUGGAGGCAGCUGACAAGCAAUGCCACCCUCAAGAUGGUUUCAAGAAAGCAGGCAGACUGACGGGUGAGGGGUGUCUGAGGAAAGACUGAGUUUAGUGGAGUGGUGUUCCAUUUGCCCUGAUGGGCAGGCCUUCCUUUUGAGAACUGCUUUAUAGGUGUAAUGCAACAAAUCUGAGUAUACUGAAUCACUCAUUUAGUAUGUCUGAAAUAGGCCAUGGAACUCUGGUACCUGGAUAUAUUGGUAUCAUUUUACUUUGAUAUGAUGGGUGAUGAACACAAUAAAAAUGGGCAUAGUUUCUUUCUUUCCUUCCUUCCUUCCUUCCUUCCUUCCUUCCUUCCUGUUAUUUAUAAGAAUUUCCCCCCAAAUAUAAACUCCUGCUUGUAGAAAGUGUACUGUAUAACAACAACAACAACAACAACAACAACAACAACAACAAUUUAUUUAUUCCCUGCCCAUCUGACUGGGUUUUCCCAGCCACUCUGGGCGGCUCCCAACAGAAUAUUAAAACAGAAUAAAACAUCAAACAUUAAAAACUUCUCUAAACAGGGCUGCCGUCAGAUGUCUUCUAAAAGUUAGAUAGUUGUUUAUUUUCUUGACAUCUUAUGGGAGGGCGCCACUACCAAAAUGGCCCUCUGCCUGGUUCCCUGUAAUUUCACUUCUUGCAUUGAGGGAACCGCCAGAAGGCCCUCGGUGUUGGACCUCACUGUCCGGGCUGAACGAUGGGGAUGGAGACGCUUCUUCAGGUAUACUGGGCCAAGGCCGUUUAGGGCUUUAAAGGUCAGCACCACACUUUGAAUUGUGCUCGGAAACAUACUGGGAGCCAAUGUAGGACUUUCAGGACUGGUUUUAUAUUGUCUUGGGGGGCCACUUUCUUGUAUAAGAGAGCAAUUUAUUUUGAUGUUUGGGAUUGUGGAAGUGCUUGUUCUUUGGGAAGGGCUGUGGCUCAGUAGUAGAACACAUUCUUUCCAUACGAAAGGUAGGGCUGUUGUUUGCAACCCCCCCCCCCCCCCGGUGGAAGCAAAUACUAACAUGGAAAUAAACGCGAAGCUCGUACUAUAUUCCGUUAUAUUGCUGAAAGUGGCUUUUACGUUGUGUGAAAUCGCAAAUACAGUGUGGAAACGUUGGGAAAAGGAAAUAAUCUGUUUUAUAAUCUGAAAAUUAUAUAAGAAUUUAGUAAGAGAGAUGCAGGAUCAUGAACGUCAGUCAACCGAUAUGUGUCAGUGACACUCACAUAGCUAUAUUUCUCAUGGCGCUGCAAGUCAGAGAACAGUAAGGCCAGUAACAGAUGCAAACUGUGAUUUACAAAGCAACAUAUAACCUAAUGCAAGGGUUCACAAGCUGCUGCCCGUGGACUACCAGUGGUCCAGGAGCUUCAUUCAGGUGGUCGGUAGCAAGUUUGUAUUAAAUAUUCAUAUUGUUGUAAAUUGCAUUUUGAAUGCUUCUUUUAUUUCUUAUAUAUUGUAUUGCAGUCAGAAUUCUGUGGAAUGCAGAUUAUAAUGCAACGAAAUACAGCAUGAUUUAAAAAGCAGAAAUAUAACAACAAAAUUAAUUAAGAUACAAUAAGAUUCCAGAUAGAUACCAAAACAAUAAGAGAAAUAGUAAGCCCACUAAUGAGCAGAUGCCAGCUAAAAAGUGCUAGUUGAAAAUAAACUGUCCUUCAGAGCACACUUAAAAGCUGGCAACCAAAGGCACACAUGCAUGUCUGUAGGAAGGUUGUUUCAUGAUUUGUUCCAAAGUUGAAAACGCCAUUGCUCCUAUUCCCACCAAGCAAAAUUCAUAUGGUGGAGGAACAGCAAGAAGAGCCUUAGAAGCUGGCAGGAGUUCUCAAAAGCUUACAUAUCUGGGAGAUAAUUCCUGACAUACCAGUUGGUUCUAGGCCAUUAUGCGCAUCAACAGCUAAAGUCAACACCAUGAAUUGAAUCUGGAAGCUGUUUUGGGGCCGGUGGAGGUAAACAAUAUGAUAUAUCCUACUGGUCUCAUCUGAAUUUAGCAUUCUUCAAGGGCAGCCUCCUGUAAAGUACUUUGUAAGUAAUCCAAAGAAGUAAAAAUAAAUAAAUAAAUUGUCCAGUAGCACCUUAGAGACCAACUAAGUUUGUUCUAAGGUGCUACUGGACAAUUUAUUUAUUUAUUUCGACUGUGUCAGACCAACACGGCUACCUACUUGAACCAAAGAAAUAAGUUUCACUACAAUGCAUGCGCUAGCUUGAGGAUGAAUGGCGUUUGGAUCCAAUCCUGCAAUAGCUAAGUGAUUGUAUAUUCCUGUCGCUGUGUUCUUCUCAGAGACUAAGAGUUAUUUUAAUUUUUUUAAUAUACUAGGGUCUCUUUGGUUGGGCCUAUUUCUUUUGUAUAACUCCAGCCAAAGCAGGCUUAAUCUAUGUGAUAGGUAUAAUUAUUCAAUUCCAAAUAGAGAAGAGCCCUGUGAAAACUACAGUUUUGCUGUUAACAGAAGAAGGGUCCUUAAUCAGGCAACCUGCGAAAGAAUUCACUGAACUCAGAACUCGUAAAUAGGAACGUAGGAAUCUGCCCAUUAGAGGGUAACGAAGAAGAAAUACCACUACGAUUACUACGAUUAUUGUAGUUGUUUUGCAAUAAUGCAAUAUUUGACUAUACCAGUCCACAACGACCAUGGCAUGUAAUUGUCAGGAUGAGAGAUGUGUUUGUUGUGUAUGCCUUAAAUGAGGAUGAAAGUGUUCGUGAGUGAGUGCAAAAAAAGUGUGAUUAUUUUAUUUCCCAAUAAGAGGCAUUCACCACGUGUGUUUUUCAGCUGAUGUUUUGUGCAUAUUUUUCAAAAUGCCAAACAAUUAUUUCCCUUCAGUGUGUGACCAGAAAUGCAUAGCCUUUUCUGGAAAGAAAGGAAGUGUCUUCACUUCUGCUUUUUGAACCCAUCACACGUUGUAGUGACUGUUUCACGUCAACUUGGAAUAGAAGAUGAUGAACACAGGAACAGGAGCACAUCCUCCUCUAAGUUGGUGCCUUCUGGCCUUGUUCCUAACUUCUUAAUAGCAGCCUGGUACUGAGAAAUUAAGCAGGGGAGGUUUUUCGUCUUUUUAGCUCCCUUCGUUAAACUCUGUAAUUUAUUUGUAAUUUAUUUUGCUGUUAAGAGCUCAGGCCAUGGGUACAGGACCUGAAUGAGGUAGCAACCCUGUUUUUUAUGCUACCCCCUCUGUUCCUUCCCAAGGUGUCCCCAGUCUGUCACUAUUUUGCAGGAGGGAGUCAAGCACUGGGAAAACUUGGUGAAAACUUGCUUGGGUUUGAGUACAUAUAUUUUGGCAUAUGCAUGGAAGUGAAACACCCGCUCAAGAUGCAGUUGCACUGUAUUCUCAAUUUAAAAAAUGAGAAUUAGGCACCUACCGUUAAAAAUAUGACCCUGUGUUGUAUUCAGACAUGUACUAAAAUAUGUUUUACGUCAGAUAAAUACUGUAAAUAAAUACAUACACAGGGAAUUAUGUUACUGGCUUUUGGAACUUCUUGUGUCAAAUGUUUUCCCUCUGCCAAGAAGAUUUCCUGUGGUUUUUCUCUUGGUUUUCUGUGUGCAGUUUGAGGCCCUUUGAAUACAAGCAACUUUUGGGAAAGAAUAUGCCCAGCUGUCUGUGAAAUUGACAAACAUAUUUUUAGAUUCUAAAAUCAAAUCCUGACAAUAUCGUUUCAUGGAGUGGCCUUUGGCUGCUUGCCAGAAGUACUUUUAUUGCAUCAUUAUUGUUUGCAGCAUAUUCAGUAAUGUUGCAUUACUACCAGACAGACCGGUCAUGCUAAAGGUUCAUUAGCAAUGUCAUGGAUAAUUAGCGAGCUAGUUUUGGCAUAGAGGAGUUGUCUAGCCUGUUCCUAAAUGCAUUUACUUGGAAGUAAACGCUCCUGAUUUCAGCAGACUCAAUUCUAAGAAAGUGCUUGUAGGAUCAGUCUUUGGGGAAGAGAAUGAAAUAAAAGCUCUCGUGUUAUCUUGGUCUAGUAUUCAGACUCUCAGAUGUUAAGAAUCUUGGCUAACCACUGAUACAAUUAUUUUCAAAAAGAACAAAGUACUAUGAAAUACCUUUUUUUUUAAUUAGAGGACACGCUGAUCAAUAUUGCAUUUCAGUUUAGUUUUACACCAGUAAAUAAUACACAGAUGCUGGUCCUCAUGGAAAGCAUCUUGAAGAUAUUUUACUCUCCCCUAUAAUUGCCCUAAAAAGUGCACUUACUCACAAUCAUUGUACAUCAUCCUUUUUUUUUUUUUAGAAAGGGAACAUCAAUAGACUGGACUGGAGUGCUUCUUCUCUCCCAGCUCUCCCCCCCCCCCCCCAAUUCCUGGCAAGUAUCUUUUUAGUGGCUAUUAAUAUGUCUCCUAUUGGUUGUCAUUAUUUUGAUAUACGGUUAAAGAAAGUGAAGCUUAACAGCAUGAACAGUUUGCCCUUCAUGACCCAGGAUUCACAUGCCUCAGAGAGCACCUCUCUUUCUAUUGCUCCCUCUCUUCAGUCUUCCUCUCAGGCCCUGAUCCAAGUUCCAGUUCUGUGUAAAGUGAGACCAUGGUGAGGAGAAGUAGUUUUAUAUCAGUCCCCUUGAGGCUAUGGACUAAUGUCCCCCCGACUCACAGAUCUGUGCUGCUCUUUGUUCCCUUCUGGAGGUGGUGCAAAACCCAUCUCUGUUGUUUGGCCUUUGGCUCAGCUGCCCAGUUUCAUGCCUUUGUAUUUUGGUGAGCGUCAAACAAGCCAUAGUUAAGGAACAGUGCUGGAUUCACAUGUAAGCAUCAUAGCUGAAAUGAACCAAGAUUUGUCAGCCAGCAGCAAACCAUGGCAUCAGGUUGUGUUUUUUGGCAGUAAACAAGCCACACUUAAACUGCUGGACUGGGUUCACACAUAAUGCUAAACCAUGAUUUAAUCAACCAUAGUUUAAUCAACUAAUGAUAGUUUAAUAAACUAUAGUUUAGCUUUAUGUUAACCUGGAAAUUAACAAGUUAUUUUAAGUUCUGUAUAUUGCUUAUGAUUGACUAUAUUAAGGAAACAUAUAUCAUUAACAUUUUAAAUACAUUAGCCUACUUAUAUUUAGAUUUUUGAUACUUUGAAUUAAUUUAUGGUCCCUCCCACCCCAUACUCUCUGUACACUCAGUUCCACCAAUCUAAAAACAUCUUGCUGUGGGCCUCAUUCGAACCCAUAUCAUUAUCCAUUGGUUCUCUAAUUACUUCCAAAUUUCCUGUUAGCAUGCAGGACUGAAGUGCUGUUAUUUAAUUCACUAAAAAUGAUGGUCUCCUGUCAUAUUAUUAGGUGCUAUCAUUAUUUACAUGCUGAAUGAAAAUAGUUGCUACGUUUUACUAAGGUUAAGUAUUUUCAGAACAUUCAUUCUGGAAUAUUAAUAGAGUCCUUUUGUGUCUGAACUUGAAUACAGACUGUUUUCCUCAGUCCUUUAAAAAAAACACCAGGCUCAUAUUUUAAUAGGGCUUUGUUCUUCUAAACAGCUGCUGUGGUUCAGUCAUUGAUUAUACCUUAGGUACAUCAGUAAGAUCAAGACAGAGUUGGAAUAAUUUAUGUGUCUGAAGUUAAUCCCUAGCCUCCAGAUGCUGCCAGAUCAUCUAUGGCAGAAAUUAUUUAUCUUUGUGGUUCAAAUAAAUACUUACAAACAGCAAAUAUUUUUAUGUGUCUGAAAAAAGUCAUGUUUCCUCCUGCUCUGGAGGGUAGGACUCAAAUCAGUGGCUUCAAAUUACAAGAAAGGAGAUUCCGACUAAACAUCAGGAAGAACUUUUUGACAUGUUUGACAGUGGAAUGGUCUCCCUCGGGAGGUUGUGCACUCUCCUUCCUUGGAGGUUUCUAAGCAGAGGUUGGAUGGUCAUCUUGUCAUGGAUGCUUUAACUGAGAUUCAUCCAUUGCAGGGGGUUGGACUAGAUGACCCUUGGGGUUCCUUCCAACGCUACAAUUGUGUGAUUCUAUGUCAUGAUGCAAAAUGGUGCUCAGCUCCCUGCACCCAGCAAAGUGAACACAUCCUCAGUACUUAGCUGUUUCUUUCUUUCUUCCAGUUUUGAGCCACAAUAGUAUCUUAAUAUUCUCAAAACACCUUUGUGGAUUUAGUCUGCUUGAAAAUGAAUGUAGUAAUACUUGUGUAAGUCAUUUUUGGCAAAUGCUUUUACAGUGCAAACUUGUACAUGCCUGUUUUGAAGCAAAUCCCAUUGCGUCCAAUGGGGCUUACUCCCAGGUAAAUGAGUGUAGGAUUGUGGCCGAAAGCAUUUAAUGAACAGACACAUGACAGGAAAAUAUUAGGAUAUAUAUUUAAGGUCCUAUUUUGAUGCUCGUGGCUACAACGUGUUCAUAGCACAAUCUUAAGAAGCCUUAAUGAUUUUUGUGAAGCUGUUUACUUUAUAAAUUAUAUUUUAUUAAUUUUCCAUACAUUCAUACCACAUUACAAUUUCUAUUAAAUUUUCCGUUUUUGACUUCCUUCGGCUUUUCUGCCAAUCAUCCAAAUUCUAACUUCUUCAAUUACACAUUUCCAAAUUUUGCUAUUGCCUUUAUACCUACCCCCCCACUUCUAUUUUGCCUUUUUACAAUAUUUCUUAGGCUGUUACAGAGCUUCUCUAAAUGCCACUAGCGUUAUUCCAUUAUCACUUAUACAUUCCCAGUAUUCAACUAAUUUUCCCCAGUCCUCGAUGAACUUUUGAUCUCGUAGAUAUCUGAUCUUCCCAGUCAGUUUAUCAAGUUCUGCAUAGUCUUAUCAGCUUCAUUCUCCACUCCUCCAACGUUGGUAUUUGUUCUUGUUUCCAUUUCUGGGCCAGUAAUAUUCUUGCCGCUGUUACUGCAUAUUGGAAAAGUUUAUGGUCCUUUCUAUUUAUUUCAUUACCGACAAUUCCUAAAAGAAAAGCCUCUGGUUUCUUAACAAAUGUAUAUUUCAACAUUUUUUUCAGCUCAUUAUAUAUCAACUCCCAGAAGCUUUUCACUUUCUUACAUUCCCACCACAUAUGAUAAAAUGUACCAUCUUUUUCUUUACAUUUCCAACACCUCUUACAUGUUUUGUACAUUUUUGCAAGUUUUACUGGUGUAAUAUACCAUCUAUAUAUCAUUUUCAUAACAUUUUCCUUUAAUGCAGUACAUGCAGUAAGUUUAAUACUUUCAUUCCAUAGUUUUAUCCAGUCGUUAAAUUGUAUAUUAUGACCAAUAUCUCUGGCCCAUUUUAUCAUGACUGAUUUAACUUCUUCAUCCUUUGUAUGCCAUUCCAACAAUAUCUUAUACAUUUUGGAUAGGAUUUUAUAUUCAUUAUUUAUUAUUUCUAUUUGAAAUUUAGAAUCUUUCUCUGCAUAUCCAUAUUCUUUAAAAUCUUUUUUAAAAAAGAUUUGUGAAGCUGUUUAAUAGAAUUUUCUAAUGUAUCUGUAUCAGUCCCUGUGUUGUCUUGUUUAAACAGACAUCUUCUGCAUUGCAUUCAGUAAUUCAGAUCUAAUUGCUCAAUUAACCCCAAAGAGAGUAGGGUUAAAUCCCAACCUGGUAUCAUUUUAGAGAGAAUAGUAUUGUUUCUGCUAAUAGCCUGAAGUUUGUUGAUUAACAUGAGCAAGUUAAAAGCAAAUUGAAGAAGUGUGGAUGGAGGCCAGCUGCAAACAAGGCCAGACAUUGCCAUCCUAAGCAUACUUACCAAAGGAUAACUUGGGGAACCAAGAAAGACAUUUUACGCUGCACAGUUGUAUUCUAUUCUAUAAUGUAUCUUGAUAGCUAAGAUGCUUGAUCAUUUAUCUUGACACUUGGAUAACAUGGUAGCAGAAAUGUAGGCUGAACCUUGGCAGAAACACAUUGUGGAUACUAGGUAAUUAAUUGCAUUAUAUGCAGUGAAAUCUGAGCAUGUUUGUGCAUGUGGCAUGACAAAGACAAAAUCCAAAAACCUGGUACCACUUGUUUAAGGACUGCUUGAGACUGGCUUUUUUGCAGGUGUGCUCUGCAACAGGUCAUUGAUGCAAUAAUAGCACAUUAGUGGUUGAUUCAGAUAGGGCUGCCCGUGCAUCAUUCUGCAUCUGAAAUGCAUCCCCAGUGAUACGACAUUACAUCUGUCCAGAGCUGUGGGGUGGGAGAGCUGGGAAAAAAUUCGCACCUGGCAACCAGCACAUAUGUUACUGUGGCUGAUACUUCAUGCACUCAAUUAUAUGUAACAAUCAGGCACAGAUGAGACAGUUAAUUUUUUUUAUUUUUUCCCUUUAGUGACAGUGUGAAUCAUGAGAGCUAUAUACAGUGGGAGGGGUGUUUCUCUCUCUGAAACAUGAAGUACACUCUGAGUAUUUCCUUUCCUUUCACAUUUGAUGCCGUUACAUCAAAUAAGGGGGUAGGAUGAAGGUUUUAUGGUCAUAUUUGCAGGGGGUUGGACUUUGGCUUUGGGUGUCCCUUCCAACUCUACAAUUCUGUGGUUCGAUUAUAGAUUUUAUAUAUAUAUAUAUAUAUGUAUGUAUUUGGAGAGCUAAUCUUGAUGUUUAUUUUGCUCUAGGAGGCUUAGUUUGGUCAGAAUCGAGUAUAAACUUCCGGAGUUAAUGCAAAAUACAUUACUUCUGGUAAAUGAGCCACCAUAGCUGCUAGAGGGCUAUGAAAAUUUGUGUCCCGGGCUUUUUAGACCCGUCUACCUAUGUACUAUCUGGAACCAAAGUGGCACAUUGGUUGUCAGAAGUGAUUUUUUUUGGCAUUGUUUUCAGCUCUCUCUCUCCCCGCCCCCUCCCCCAGGUGCAUUCUUGUGCAAGAAAAGUGUGGCAGAAAAACACACCCUGCAGGACACCUGUGGUAAUAGCAUGUUAGAGAUUUCAGGGAGUCAUAGGACAUGCACCGACUGGAGCCAUAUGCAGUACUGAAAGUGGGAUCACAUAUAGCCAUAAUUCAUGAGCUUAAAUCAUCAUGAACGCUCAAUACAAAGGACUUAUGGAGGGGCCCUAUAUCCAUAUGCAGACCAUAUACAAAGUGUUGCAAGUCCAUUAGUUUUGUAAUAUGUGUGCAUCCCCAUUCUUCCUCCUGGCUUAGCUUUUUUGCUACUGUGCCUCUAAGUUUCUGUAAUAAUUAAGGCUGCAUGUUUUCGAUCCCAGUGAGUAUUUUGGUACUUCUGAGCUUUAUAGAGCUGUAGCACUUGGGUAACAGUCCCUCUUAUCUCUGGCCAUGUUGCUGCUGUGGUUCAUAUUGCAUGCUUCUUCACCCAGUGUGGAGAAUGACUGUGCUAUAGAUGGACUGGGACAAAUUGCAUUGUCCUGGAUCUCCUAAUUAAACCAUUUCUACAGAAUAGGAUUGUCACACUCCCAGUCCUCCAGUCCGUGGCAGGUUUAAGGCAUAGCCCUCUUUUUCUUCUGAAACCUCCUUUCUAGCUGAACUGUGUAUUGCCUUCUUGGAUAUCGCCAGUCUACUUACUAAAGUUAUGCUGAUUCAGCACAAGCUUUUUAGAUGCAUGAUUCAAAACUAUGCAGCACUCUUUUGUGGCCACGUUUUAAAAUGGGUCUCAUAGUGCCGCGUAUCGAUCUCACUAACCAAGUGUAGUAUUAAAAGGGCUUGCAUAUGAACAUCAAUAGAAAUUAUGAUGCAUUAAAUUAGCUAAUUGACCUUAGUUCCAGAGCUGUCAGCCAAGCAUCUUUUUUUUAACCCACUUGGAUAAAUGUAAGUAAAUAAUAAUCUGUCAUAACACAGUGCUGCUACUUCACUUUGAUUUAUCAUUCCCAUUUUAUAUAAAAUCAUUAGUUGUUUGUGCAUACUAGGACAGUAAAAGCACAUUUCAUAGCUAUCACUUGUAACACCCCUUGUAUUCUCAAGAAUGAUUUCAUUAAGCUGUUUACACCAUCCGCAAGGAUGGCCUAUAGCAACCUUCUCCAAUUUGGAGCACUUCAGAUGGUUUUGAACUGCAACUCCCAUCAGCUGCUGCCAACACAGCUGUCCUGACAGGGGCUGUAAGGAGUUGUAGUCCAAAACAUUUGCAGGACACCAGGUUGGAUGGAUGGAUUAGAGUGAUGCACUUAAUGUAAAAGCACUAUUAAGUGCAAAAGUAUAAAGAACUUUAAGCAGGUUGCAUUUGUUGGCUAAUGCUUUAAUGUAUUGCUGCUGCUGCACCUCAGACAACUCAUGCUAAUUAAAUUGCCAUCAUCCCAUUCACAUGUAUUGAUUCAACUUACCUCUGUUUUCUUGCUAGAAAUUGGUACAAUCUGAAAUAUUAAGCAGAAAUACUUGUAGUAGACCUUGCUGAUCCUUCUCUCUUUUUGAGGUCUGCCCCCUCUGGAACCUAUUAAACCACCAUUCGGUAAUUGCUGUAUUGCCAGAAUGGAUGAAUUGCCACUAGAGGGAUUUUGUUACUUGCUGAAAACCUGAACUGACAUGGCUCAAUUAAAAAUAAAGGCAGAAGCUCUUGAUUAUGCAGUUUUUAAUGGGCGGCAAGUGUAUUCCUUAAGGAAAAUGGUUUGUAGCUCAGGUGUAGAUUUCAAGUUCCAAGGCAUUGUUUGUGACCUUGUCAGUAACCUGAGAAGUCCGAGGUUUUUUGUUUUUGUUUUGUUUUGCUAAUUAACCCCCAGCCCCUGAAUCUUUAAAUUUAUUGGAUAUAAAUAUGAGCUUGAAAACUGUGAUAUAACUAUUAAACACUUCAUGGGCAUGUAAACGGACUAGAGUAAAUUUGAGUGUUUUUUUCCCCUCAUUCCCCAGAUCUCGCAAUUCUGAAGGCCAUUUUGCAAUUUUAGCCUUAUUCUGCAAGCCAUCGCAGUUGAAGCAGCACCUAGUAAAGUUAAUUAUGCAUAAAUAAAUCAGACCUGCGCAACCUGUGGUGCACAAAGCCAAGCAUAGUGCACUAGUCAUAUAUUGUGGGCUUCCAAGAGCUUAAUGUACUUGUUAGUUUUUCUGCCUCUCUAAAUAAAUAGUCUCUAUAAAUAAGAUGCUCAGAAGCACCCAACAAUCCACAGUGCAUGCCUGGUGGCACAAUAGUUUGUUCAUCUUUGUGGCUCACAAGUUAUGUAUACCAAAGGUAAAUAUUCACAUUAGCAGGAGACUUGCAAGUUAUUUCCCCUGCCCUUCUUAGUGCUGAACAAGGUGGAACAUCCUGGCUGCUUGCGCUAUCAUAAACAGAGAUGAAAGCCUUGGGGUGGGGGCUAACCAUGGGGGCACGCAGGCAUUCUAAUACAAAUGCUUAACCAGAUGUUAAAAAAAUGAAUACAUGAAUUUUUUUUUAAAAAAAACACAUUUCUGUGUUGAAUCGUUUAAAUCUACAAAGCUGUCUAUAUUAGCUGUUCAAACAUGCUGUUGUUAAUACCGCUGUAUUAACAACUACCAUAUCAAAGGGAUAUGGUGAAAAAAAUGUGCAUUUAACAAUGCUUGGAAGUUCCACCUUAUCCUUCAUUUCCUCAUGUGAUAAAAACAAGGCAGUUUUUCCAAAUUCCUUAUGGUAGGAUGGAAAAUCACUUGAGGAACGUCUAGAAAAUACUCAGCUAGUCACUGGAAAGGGGCUUUGUGAAACAAAAUAAAACCUGAUGGUCAUCUUCUAGGCAUGUAACUGAAAGAGAUACCUUUCACAUUGUCAGUGUACCUUUUUAAAAAAGUAGCGUCCGUAGACUAUUUUUUUCCUGAUAGAGUGGCAUCUCAAAGAGAUCUCUUGAGUUUUGAAGUAACAGGUUCCAACUUUCAGAACAAAAUCUUUCAACCAAAAUCCCCUAAGGCUGUCAUUAAAAAAUAAUAAAUCAAAUUAGGUAAAUCCAAGCAUAUAUGCAAUGUGACUCCAUAUGCAUAACACUUUCAUAUUGCUAAAUAAGUCAUAGGUUAACAAAAUGAAGGUUGCACAACAUCCACAAGUAAUUGCUUCUGUUCCUCAGCCACAGUUACGGACCACAAUCCAGAAAGCUAUUUAAGGUAGGUACAUAGCCAAAUGUUUGACUUUUUAUCUUGGAGCAGCAGUCUGCUAUGCUGUAUUAAAAAUAUUCUAACAUGACAAGAUUCAGAAAUGGUUUGUUAAUCAGCAUGGGAGGCCUGCUGCUUGAAAAGCACAGAGUACAUGGAAGCUCACCGUGUGGUUCCGUACAUUAGGAUGUCCAGAUGUGGGGGGGACGGGGGGGACAGUUUCCUGCACCUUCAAGAGAGGAAGUUUAAGCCAGCUUGUCAUACUGUUUUUCUCCUCUGUGGCCAUGGCUUAGAAUUUUCCCCUUGUGGUCUAGCUGAAAUCUAGCUUCCUGUGAUGUAGUCUUCACCAAGAAACACCACUAAACUAAUACAAUAUAUAGAUAUUUUAAAAAGCUUCUCGGAGAGAUAGGGAAACAGGAACAGCUAGAAACAACCUAGGGUAGGGUGAAAAAUCCAACAGGUCAAAUUUCAAAAGCCAGAUAAUUUAGCAUCCCUAUAAAUAUUUUACUUUAAAGGGGGGGGUGUGGGUGUGUAUAGUUGCCUUUGGGAGGAUGGGCAAGACAGACAACCAAGCCAAACAAACAAUAAAUUCAUUCAUUCCCUAUUGACAGCAAAUUCAAGGCGGUUGUGUGCACAGGGCCCUUUCUACCAUUAAGCAGAGUGAGGCAUUCACCUCAGGCAACAGGUGCUGUGGGACAGAAGUGGCGCAUGCCCCAGGCUGUUCCUUCUGAGGUCACAGCCAUUUCCCCGUGUUGCCACAUUGCCUCUCCUGGGCCCCAUAAUCUGACCUGCUGCUUCAGGUGCGGUGGAGGACACACUAUCCUGUCACCAGUGUUGAGAUAUUGUACAAAAAUAAGAUUCAAUCUGCUAGUCCUGUCUAUUUCUGUUCAAGAAUUUUUGAAGUCUGAAGAAGAAGAAUUUGGAGGCGGCACCGGCUUGUCCUUUGCCUCAGGCAGCAUAAACGCUUGGGCUGGCCCCGCCUGUACACCCCAAGAACAGAGCUGCAUUGUUCCCCUCUGCUUCCCCAAUUAUACUUCUUUGCCUUAAACACAUAUGAUUAAGAAUAAAGAGUUGGGUGUUGAAAUUGAACCUGGAAGUGCAGGUGAAGCACAGUGUUUUCUUCUUUUUCACAAAUAAUGAUACUGACGCAGGCAGAGCCACUAGUGGAAAGAGACUAAAUCAUCUGACUUUGCCACAUUCAUACUUUAACCACACUAACCUUUUUUUCCCUUCCCCUGUGGUCAAGCAAUGCGUGAGAAUUAGCAAUAUCCGGCUAGGGAUGCUUAUUUCGUUUUUGUUGCCGUCAACAAAGAGCAGUUUAUGAGUGGGAUGUUGUGGGCGCUUGCUUGUCAGAUGGUGCUGAAAAGUGGGAGGUCUGUGGUAUGCAGAGAACACUGUGUGAAACAUCAGAGAUGAUUCUUCAUGGGUAAAAGUGACUGGAAGGUAGGGCUAAUAUGUUCUACGCAUGCCAUUUGUGCAUGAGCUGAAGGACCUGAUUGGAUCAUGCUGCUACCUGCCAGGUUUACUCUGGGGUCCAUUGUCUUAGGCAACCAAAUCCAUUGGAUUGGUUUUCUUUAUUUGUGGUGGAAGGUCACAGUUUAGUUAUGUGGUGAACUAGCUUCUCAGAAGUCAGGAAAAAGCUCCCUUUUUUGCCUCAGACUUCCCUCUCCUGCCACUCACUUCCCUUGAACUGUAAGAUUUGAGAGGGAUUAUAUACAGCCCCCUUGGGAACAAAGAAUUCUGACUAAUCUGUUGAAGCAGAAGAGAAAUAGAACAGUGGCAGGAAUCCCCAUGAAUAUUGCAUAAAGUCCAUGGGAAUCCCAGUUUUUCUAAGAAACAAAAAUCAUGCAUGACCUUUUCCUUUGCUGUGGAGUCUGCCUGCAAACGUCCUUGUGACAGUCAUAUGUUCAUGAGUCUGUCUUAAUGGAUGUUGGGAACGUAAUAUUACAUCAGCUUCCUAUUAGCAGUGAUGGCUCAACAGUCAAGGGACUUGUGCAUUGCCUUUUAAUGCCAGAAGAUAUUCUUGUGCAGUUCAGCACACUAUUUGUUCCCCUAUGUUGCACAGAUAAUUUCUGCCUUAUUUGCACAGAAGAUGUACACGAUCAGUUGACAAUGCUAGAAGACAUUAUGAAAGUGUUGUGGUCUCCUAUUGUUGAAACAAAAAACGGAGAUGAUGAUGAUGAUGAUGAUAAAUUUAUACCCCACCCAUCUGGCUGGGUUUCCCCAGCCACUCUGGGCAGCUUAAUGUUUUAAAUACAUUAAAACAUCAGUCAUUAAAAACUUCCCUAAACAGGGCUGCCUUCAGAUGUCUUCUAAAAGUCAGAUAGUUGUUUAUUUCCUUGACAUCUGAUGGUAGGGCAUCCACAGGGCGGGUGCUACUACUGAGAAGGUGUAAAUGCAACAGAGGCUGCAUUCACAUAUUUUGAUAAGCCAGAAUAUCUGCCUUGGUGUGGUUUAUCAUGCACACCUCCUGAUUGCAACUGCUUUACACGUAUCCACACAGAAGCAGGGAAAACAAAUCAGGUACUCACUGUUAAACUUUGCUUCCAAUCAUGUUUGAUCCCAUAAUUAUGGUUUAUUGUUCCCUAACAAGCCAUGAUCGCUAGUCAGCUUUAAACCUGUUAGGGUAUGGUAAAUAUAUUGCACUGGUGUCCAAAAAGAAAUAAUCUGACAAGACUACUGGAUGAAGGGAUUUUUCAAAACCCCUCAAGGUUUAUUUCUCAUGGCAGACAUAGCCAUGAUGAACAGAGUACAGGUUUUAUACCUGUCUAAGAAAUUAACACUUAACACAGACUAGCUCACACUGACUAAAUUUGGAGAAGAGCAGGAAAAAUAUACAGCUCGAAAGGAACUGAUCUACUUGCCGACAAGUAGUUACUACUAAAAGGGAAGGUAUCAUUGCGGAGGAAGAACAGUUUGCUUUUCUGUCCUUUGCCCCUUUCCCUGGUUGAGGUACCCUAUUGUAAGUGUUGCUUUACUCCCAACAAAGCUAUGGGUUGCUGGUUCCUUACAGAUAAUGGCUUAUUAGGAGGCAGCAAACCAUGAUUGGACACAAUGGGAAGCCAAGCUUAACUGCAGCUUCCUGGUUUGUUUCAUUUGCUGGCCCAGUCCUACACAUGCUGUCUUUACUCUCUGUCUCCCCAAAAUGUUCAUGCUAGCCUGGGCCUUUUGCCUCAGUUAGCAACAGCUCCAGUAAGGUUUUAUGGUUCAUUUUUGUCAGAGACGGGGCCCUGUAAGCUUGGCAGGUUCUUGGCAUUGGAUUUGCACUGGCACUGAUUUAAGCAAUGGUAGUAUUUUUCCUCUUGCUCGGAGAUAUGCAGAAGAACUAGAUAAUCUGUGUUGAAGUUGGGAGAAGCAGUCGUUGUGUGUGUAGCAUAAAUAUUUCCUGGCUUGACAAUGCCUUCUUCCAGAAUCUCAUUUGUUGAGAACCCUGGUUUGAUAUACAGUAUAAGAAGCUCACAUGUGAUUUGAAAUUGGUUGUAAAACAACCCUUUAGUAGAAAUCUCUGCCUAGAGGAGCACAUUCAGGCAUGUGGCUUCUAUUUAUGCAGCUCAUAGGUUUAAAAUGAUGCUGAGAUUUGACUCUGGGCACUGUUCAGGUCUGCAAAGCAUUCUGAUUUAUUUUGCUAUGUUUUCUCCAUUUGCUGAUGCUUGGGAAGAGAAGCACCCAGAAAACAACAACAGUUAUAGCUUCUGGAAAGAGACAUGUGCACUGCUUUUUAUUUGUUACUGCACACUGGAAAACAUCCUAUGACUAAUAAUAGACUGUAUGAAUAAACUCACCUUUGAUCAUUCGUUCUGUACUCUUUACUUGCUUGAUAAGAAGCAGAGAAGGUUAAGAGUAAAGCAAUUCCACAUGGGAAAACUGCACUGUGGGAUGGCGCUGAAUAUCAUUUCUUUUAAAGUGUAUGGAAAUAAUUAUGGGAAAUGAGUAGAUUGUCGCUGUGCAGUUUUUAUGCAAAUAAUUCUGUGGGUAGCUGUGAAAUUAUUCAUACCUCACAGCUUUGGGGAAGAAUUCUAGCAAAGCAGGUGGGAGGCUGACAAGAUAGCAAGAUAGCAUUCAUAAUAAUAAUAAUAAUAAUAAUAAUAAUAAUAAUAAUAAUGUUAAAAUGCUACCAAAUGUUGCAAGCAAUAGUCAAUGCUUUUAUCACCUAUCCCUGGAAUCUGCAAAGAUGGCAAAUUGUAAAUAAAUUCAGAUCCAUUAUAAUGCAGACAAUAGGAAAGAAGGCUGUUUCUUUCUCUUGAGUACCUGCCCUCUCUACACCUGUACAUCAUAUGCCUCUGCCCAGUUCUUCCGUGUGUUUGUUCCUCAUUCACUUGGACUGUGAUUUUAUAUUCCAAAGAAUUCCGGUUGCAGUUCAGUAUUGCUGCUGCAGCUGUCCUAUACAGGGAAGGGGCUAAUGUGAGUUUCUAGCCUAAUGCACUUCCAAAGGUUGCUGUGAAAAUAAGAGAUUGGGAAUAUUGCUGCUCUAAAUCCUUGAAGCAAAAUGGGAAGAAGAACUAAUGACUAUGGUGUCGCAUCCACACCAUACUUUUAAAGCACAUGCCUUCCCCCAAAUAAUCCUUGAAAUGGUAGUUUUGUCCCUCUCAGAGCUACGUUUCCCAACACCUUAACAUACUAUAGUUCCCUCCGCAUGCGAAGACAGUCUCCGGUGGAUUGAGCGGAUGGGACCAAUAGUGGACCCAACAGUCAAGAAAGCAGUUUCUGCAUGUGCUGUAGAGGUGAGGGGCAGAUGGGGUUUGUCAACCUGGGAAGGUAGCCCAUCUAGGAGAAGGAAAACUCUGCUUCUGAACCUCCACUGCCUUGCAAGACAUCUUUGGAAGAAGAAAAGCCUAAGGAGAAAAUUCUACACACAUCCAGAGCAGAGUCCCUAAGAUGGUGCUGUGUACUCCUCCUCCUGGCAACUCCUGCAGCCAAGCGGGUGCCAGAUGUAUUGCUCUGCUGUCCUCUGGACCACAUCAGUGAGGCUGAGAGGGGGGUUCUGUCAUCUGGGCAGCCCAGGACCUCCAUGCACACUGCCCAGUCUUGCACCCCAGAAAGGUCACUUUGGUGCAGCAGUUUCACUUCACCCCCAGAGGCACACUCCAUUGUCUCUUGAGUCAGAUGGAUGUCAGCAACAGCAACAAAGUUAUGUUAGUUCAUGGAUGAGCAAGGACUUGAAACUAGUUAAUCUACAUCCAUCUAUUGGACCUGUUUGGCUUUCCUUGGCUACCACAAAUAUUUCCUUUGUCAACUUGACAAACUGAACAGCUUAUCAUUUAUUAACAAAGCAAUUUCUUCUACAACUAUGUUUUCAUCCAUUGUUAUGCUUGAUAACUGGGUUUCCUAUCUUCAGUCUUACACAUGGACACACGGACACACACACACACACAAAUAUUUUGAAUGAUAAAAUUUAUGAGGAAGAGCUGACAUGUUCCAAGAGCUGCUGCGACUAUUACAUUAGCUAACAGACACAAUAUCUGUAAAGGUCAGAGCUUCUGGGCUCAGUGCCAUUUUACACUGUACUGGAUGAUAGACAGUUUUUAAUAAUAUUUUAUCAACCAUUCACUCCCUGAGUCUCUCAACGUUAUUUGUGAUACAAAUAUUUGUUUCGAAAAUAUGCAGUCAUUGAAUCUCAUGUACUAUAGUUGUCUAUUACACAUUUUUAAAUGUGGUAAAAAUAGCAUGAUGAUCCUGUACCCUUUCUUAGUAUGUUCUAUCAGUGGCAUGUGCAGCAAAACAUUGUAUUUUAUCCCCACCUCCUAAGAAGUGUGCUCUUAGUCAGGGCUCACGACUCUGAUGUCCUCUUCAGGCCUCAUGGGAUGGAGAGUGAGUUUUAGGAUGGAUGGAGAGAAAUUACAUGUUUUUCCUUUCCCACCCCUCUUAAGGCAGAGGGAAAGUCAGACCUCUCUGUCUUUUUUCAGCUCCAGCCCAAAUAUGGUCGAGUGAAGUGUGUAACAUCCUACUUCCCCUCAGCCACUCUUGAAUAAUUGCUCCCUCAGUCACACUCAGUUAGUGAUCUAAUGCAUACUUCUUUGAUGCUGCCGGACUGUGAAGUGGCUUAUAAAUUUUUAUCAUUGUCAUUAUCACACAAUACAGUAACCAGCAAUAAAUCUGUAAUCAAGAGCUAUCUGUAGUAUUGUUGUGAUGUGGUAGAAUAGGGCAGGAGCACUAGAACUUUGUUUAAAAACUCUUUAUAAGUGCAGUACGUAUCUGUCACAGCAGACAUAAAAAAAACCUACAGCAGCAAAAAUAAUUUAACCCUUUGUUUCUUGUCUUCAAUAAGGUUGCAGAAUUUAAAACUCAUGCAAGUCAAGCCUAUUAUUUGUCUAUUCCACUUAACUCCUUUGACAAGGUAGAUUUUUUGCAUGUAUGUGGUUUUUGUUUUAUAAUCUUACAUCUGUAACGUGAAGAAUGUAUGAAGUAAUUUAUUUUGUUAUAUUUACUUAAGGAUGCACCUAUCCUAACUGACAUGCUUGUCUCGCCUGCCUUUACUUCAGUUUCCAUGUUUACAGUGCGAUAGGUAAGGGCUUAAUCCCAUAUUAAGGAUUCUGUAAUUAAUUUCUGUACCCUCUGCAAAAUGAAAUUCAUUCUGGAAUACGUAAGACAGAACAAGGGAGUGUUUUAAGAGAAAUGAAUCUAUUCCAUUUAAAAAGGAUGAUGCCAUGCUUGGCUUUGUUUUCUCUCGUUACAACACAUAUAACACAAGCCUACAGGAUGCAGCUGGGGUGAGCUAUGUCCGUUGAUUGUAGCCAUGUUUGGGAGGUAGACAAUAAGCUAAUGGCUGUACAUUCCUUGUUGAAUGGUACGUUCUGUUGGCUUGCAAUGCCGACACACACUCUUGUCUCUUAAGUGAGUGGUAUUUCGCUCAGGGUCCUGGGACCAAGGAAAAUAGGCUGCUGGUCAACAUUAUCACACACUUUAAAACUGAGAUGUUUGUUCUUUCGAAUGGCAGUGUAAAGACAGAGGUGGGGUGAGGCGGUGGGGACUUUUUGUAAAAGCUGUUCAGAUAUUCAUCACAUACACGUGGCCUUGAGAGCUGUGUUUAGAGGAGAGUCUGUGCAGUUUGUCACAUCAAGAAGCCCCGAGGGACAGACACGGAUGGCACUUAACAUACAGCUGCCUGAUUAGCAAGCCCUUGGCAUUAUAGAUCGUUAGGCAGCAUGUGCUGGAAAUGUGCUAAGUGCAACAUGAUAUAUAAUAACGUCCACUAAGAAUGGAGAUCUACCCUGUUGGUAUAACAGGCAGUGCUGAGAGUACCAUUUUCUCUCAAGUGUGCCUAUUUAAUAGUCACAAUAUCUAUUUGCUCAGCAUGCGUAACACAUUUGCAUUUAAUGAUAAUAUUUACCUUUCAUCUUGUUGUUUGCCAGUAGCCAAUUCUUUGCAUAACAUAUUUGCAUUUCCCUUUCCAGUUGUAUCUGUACAUUAGGGUUUGUGUACCAGCAAUAGCAACUUGGUAUAUUUUGAGGGUUGUAUCCAUAGCUAGUCCCAUUGAUGUUAAUGGGCACAACAAAGUUAGGUACAUUAAUUUCAGUGGGUUUGUACUCUGUAGGAUUAGCAUUGGGUACAGCCCUGAGUUUUAAAUUCUGAACACUAUAGUAUUCAGUACGCAUAUAGUAUGAAGCAUGCUUUAAAAACUACAGUAAAUAAGGCCAGUGAAAUGGGUAUUUGGUACCCACACCUACUCCUGCCCCUUGGGUGACAGGAAGGCCACAUUAGGCUAUGUUUUGAGCAUAUUCUUUGGGUAACUGUACACCUGAAAGUUUCUGAGUAAGGGACUCACUGAAACAAAGGCAUCAAGGGUUGUGGUUGGGCCCUUAAGACCCACUGACAACAGUUCCCUAAACCUUCUCCCAGUAUUUGAAAUUACCAGGUGCCAGGCACAUUUUGCACUUGGCUAUCAACCAUUUAAAAUGCAUGGACCUGACAUCUCCACCAUCUGAAGGUUCAUGCCUGGAGAUCAUUAGAUCUGGACUGCUUUCACACACUAACACCACAUCCUGUAGAAUUCUAUCAGUUAUAUUUUACCUGCACAAUUGGAAUGAAUUUCAGGAACCAAGAUGUUUUUUUCUGUGCAGCCUGAGAAGGAGCAGUCACUGUUAAGAAAACGAGGUCGGAAGAGGCCAACAGAUAUGUGGAUUGUCUCUGGAUCAAGUGACUUUUCUCUGUUAAGUUCUCAAAGUUCUUAACCUAGCUCAAAGUUGUCAUCAGAACUAGCCAGAUGUUUAACUGAGAAUCAUUCACAGUCAGUUCAGCAUUUGAAAAAUGAGACUUUAGAGCCAUCUUAACCAGAAAUGGCAACUAGACAUUCUAUUAUGGCGACUGUAACCUUGGUUUAAGGAGCCAUUUGGCAUCUGAGUUGCCUUCUCCUCUUCACCACACGCCAACCUGCUGGCCUGCCUGCCUCUCACUCAGUUGUAGUGGUGAGUGAGAAAGAGGAGAUGUAGCCGUUCAGCUUUAUCCAACAGGGAAGUGAGUGAUGGCAGUGAUGAGGUAGAGCAGUGGAUCUGCUGGCAACCUUGGAAGGAGGGAGGUAAAGGCCCCCCAAUGAGCGUUUCCCCAUAAAAACAGAACAAAACUCUGGAGCUGGCACUGGAAUAUGCCACAUCUUAGAUAUCAAUCCCAAUUAUUCAGUGAUACAGUGGAGCUUCCUUAUUGGUUAUAGGAGCCAGUAGCCACUUACCAACUGUGGUCAAAAGCAGAAAAUGAAAACCAUUCAACACAUCGACGGCAUGCCCUACUGAACAGACACUGCCAUGACCACCCUUUAAGGCUGUUGCGUACUGCCACUUACAUGCAGUUCUCAUUGCACGUUCCUUUUUUUGCUGCUGCUGGAGAAACCACCACCACCGGGUUGCAGUAAAAAAUGGCAGGCGUCCUAGAUGCCAGAGAAGCUUUGGGAGGGUAGGCACAUCUGCCCAUGGGCUGGUGACUUACCUAGACAUUAUAGGUCCUGAUUUUUUGUAAUGUUUCCUACAAUCAAAAAGUAUUAUUUCUGGAGACUUAUUGAGCUGUUACUCAUCAAAGUGGUUAAGGAGCACAAUCUGUUUUAACUGAUCUUAAUAAGAAGAGCCGGCUAGAUCAGGCUAGUCUCCCAUCUAGUCCAGCAUCCUGUUCUCACAGUGAGCAACCAGAUAGCCAUGGAGGAAUAUUAUUAUUAUUAUUAUUAUUAUUAUUAUUAUUAGGUAAAUCCUUCUAGCAACCAAGAAUACAAAAGCUGCCUACCCCCUUUCCUUUGGAUGCCUUUGAGAAACAGGCACAGUAUUUCCCCUCACAGCCUUAGAGCCAUUGAUUUCAGGAAGAAGAAUUGCCUGUUAUGGAUAAUACGCAUUUACUUUAGGAAACAAUAGGCUUGGCAGUCAGUAAGACAUGACCUAAUUUUGGGCAAUGCACUUGUCUCUUAGGAAGCUGCCUUGGCUUGAGAUAGAGAGUAGAACCAUAUAUGCAUGAGGUAACACUGUUAAGCUUUCCCCCCAGCUUGCAUCACCGGGCGUUAUGUUAGCAAUCCAGCGGAUUGGGGAAGGACUUUUUGUAAACUCUUUAUGAAGGUUGCCAACAUUUUGCUUGUCAGUGCUCCUGUGACUUUCAGAGCUGCACAACAAGCAGAAAUUGAAUCUUUUCCCCUGAGGCAGUCUGGUUUGUAGGAGUGACAGUGAAGCAGUCCAUGGUCCCGGAAGCAUCCUCCAAGAAUCUUUUGCAUAUGGCAGAAGAUACCUUCCAGAUCACGUGAUGCAGCUGCUUGGGACGGCAGAAUGUCUUGGACUAGCCCUGCCUCCAGGAACAAUAUUCAAAGUCUAGGUGCUAUCCUCCUUUUGAAGUCCAUUUUUAGAUUAGCACAGCUCCGCCCUUCCCUUCAGCAAACAAAACAUGUGAUCAAUAAACUGCAGUGUGUGAAUUUUUAGCUCUGACCUCUUCAGUAUGCUAAUGAGUCACUGCAGAUAUGGGUGUUCUCCUUUUAUCAUUUAACUGAGUGAUUAAAUAGCGGGUGUAGAAAAAAAAGAAAAGAAAGAAAAGCAAAAAGGAUGCUGGAUAGGAACUCCUGCUGCUGCUAUUGCAGCAGCAAGUUAUCUUAAAGAACAGUAGGUUAAUAUCUUGUCCAAAGCCUGAUGGGGGAGGACAGGUUUACUGUCAAGAGGACAUGUUUAGCUCUUAUGUUUACCACUCUAUGGAUGGCUUAAUAUGGCAGCGCAGUAUAUAUUUGCAGUUGCUUGCUUUCCAGUCUGCUGUGAUAUAGUGGUACCUCGGGUUAAGAACUUAAUUUGUUCUGGAGGUACAUUCUUAACCAGAAACUGUUCUUAACCUGAGGUACCACUUUAGCUAAUGGGGCCCCCUGCUGCCGCCGCAUGAUUUCUGUUCUCAUCCUGAAUCAAAGUUCUUAACCUGAGGUACUAUUUCUGGGUUAGUGGUCUGUAACCUGAAGCGUCUGUAACCCGAGGUACCACUGUACAAACAGAGCCAAAAUUGGAGGUUUUGAACUGAAAAGAGAGAUCAGUUGGAAUGUAUUUUGGAUAAGCAGUGUUUUCUUCUUCUUAAAUUUAAACUUUAAAAAUACUACACACAUAAACAGUAUUCCUGUUUGAGAAGGCUUCGAAGGAAUUUUUUUGUGUUGUUGUUUUUCCAAAAAACACUCUGGUACAAGUCUUGAUGAGCCAAAGAGGCACAUUGUACUGCUGUCAACCCCAGAACAUUUUGUGUGCUAUUAGCUUUGUUCUACUUGAUGCUCAGUGAACUGUGGUGCAGCUCUGUGCACUAAGCCUGUGCACAUGGGGAAACAAAGAUCCUGAGAGCUCAUGGACGGGCUGUGCUUUUGAAGGGCCUGCAGAAUUAAAAUUAAUUUAUGACACUUCCUGUCACAUAGAUUGCUACUGGUCCUACUGGCCCCCCAGUGUUAAGCAUUCUACAGUCAACUGGAGAGACCAUUAGGCUGAAGUCAUAUGCACCUUUACCAAGGAUGAGUGGCUUUUACUUCUGAGUAAACAUGCUUAGAAUUGUACUUUAGAACAUGUUAUAUAUCUGAAGGAGCGUCUCCACCCCCAUCGUUCUACCCGGACACUGAGGUCCAGCACCGAGGGCCUUCUGGCGGUUCCCUCACUGCGAGAAGCCAAGUUACAGGGAACCAGGCAGAGGGCCUUCUUGGUAGUGGCGCCUUCCCUGUGGAACACCCUCCCACCAGAUGUCAAAGAGAACAACAACUACCAGGCUUCUAGAAGACAUCUGAAGGCAGCCCUGUUUCGGGAAGCUUUUAAUGUUUGAUGUAUUAUAGUAUUUUAAUAUUCUUUUGGAAGCCGCCCAGAGUGGCCGGGAAAGCCCAGCCAGAUGGGCGGGGUAUAAAUAAUAAAUUAUUAUUAUUAUUAUUAUUAUUAUUAUUAUUAUUUUCUCAAAUCACCCAUUUAACUUUUCCUUGCUUAACAUUAUUCUUGUUUAUUUAACACCCCCCCCCAAAAAAAAAUCCUUUGCCUGGCUUGUGUCCCUAUAUGUUCUGGCUCUCUCAAAAUCAGGUUGGGUUAAGUACUGCUGUCCAAGGCUCUGAUGCUGUAUUGAAGCUCAAAUUUAAAGAGCUACUUCAUACAUUAGGUUAUAACCCGGAUGGAGAACAUCAGGCUUGAGCACCAAAUAUAGCCCUCUGGGCCUGUCUGUCUAAUCCUUCUCAUUAUGGAAAUUCAGCUGAUCCUAGCUCUCCGCUAAGUGCACCUGCAUAAUAUGUAUAUUUGAGGACUAUCAGAGAUGAGUAUAGCUAGGGAGGGUUGUGAACAAGUGCAGUUGGUGGGUCCAGAAAAGACUCUAAUUUUCAGAAAGUAGUUUCUGUACUCAUUUUUGUCCUUGCAGCUACACCCAUUAUUCCUGGCUAUUUUAUUGCAUACUCUUGAGUGCCAGAGUUUGGUUUCUGCCUACGUAUAAUUAGUCCUUAUAAUCAGUGUUUCAGAACAUCACUCUGCCCCUGAAAUCUCUCAAGUCUUCCAGAUGCCCCAAUAACUCUAUACUGUCACUGAAGCUCCAUACAAGAUCCUUUUGUUAUUGGAUGUGUUCAGAGGGGAGAAUGCAAGGGAAGAGACUGCGUGUUGAACAGCUUUUUCAGCAUUAAGCUUCCUGGGGUGCAUCUACAAAAUUGCAAAGGCAGGACAUGCUCUGCUAUGCAAUUUAAUGCAAAGUCAAAUAAUGCCUGACUCAAAAUUGCACGCCUCUGCAUGCUGCGUAUGCAAACAGAUGGGGCUCAGAAAGGUGUGUGAUUCUCCCCCUGCCCGCAAAUCUCUUUUAGAGUUGAACUAGCUUAGCUUUUGUAAAUCUCAAAUAAAUCUCUUCCUCGUGCCCAUAUAGUCUGUUGAUUGAUAAGCACAACGGAAAGUGCCUCUGGGAGAAUCAUUGCUGAGCUGUGAAACAGCCUGUUCGCUUCAGUAAAAUUGAGUUUCGCUCUGCAUUAAAUAUUCUUGCUCAUUGAUUGUGCUUCUUACCGAGUUAUUAUAGUAGUCACCAGUUUGUGUGUUUGUGUAUCUGCUUUAGGACUUGAACAUUUUCUUGGGUAAAUUAAGCUAGACAGUUUAUUGAAUAUUUACAGAUAAAUUGUAAACAGAUAAAAACAUUAGCAGGAUUUAUGUAAUAACCUGCAGUUUUAUAAGAGUAUAUAUUUACAGUUGAUAAGUAAAUGAGCAAGUUAAAUGAACUUGGAUAUGCAGAAGAAGAUAAUUUAAAAAAAAUUAAUUUAAGGAACCGCAGAAAGAGGGAGAAGGAAGUCAAAAUUUAGAAGUGCAAGAAGUGGCAGAGAGAUAUUUCUAGAUUUGUCUGGCAGGGCAAGAAGCCUAGAAUAAAAUUUAAAAUACUAACAGAUGCAAAGGAAAGAGGUGGAUUUGCCCUGCCAGACCUUAAACUUUAUUAUGAAUCAGCAGCUUUUUGCUGGUUGAAAGAAUGGCUGCUUCUGGAAAACGCAGACAUUUUGGACUUAGAAGGUUUUAACAAUGUAUUUGGGUGGCAUGCAUACUUGUGGUAUGAUAAGGUCAAAGCACAUAAAGCAUUUAAAAACCAUAUUGUCAGGAAAGCAUUGUUUAAUGUUUGGAUAAGAUAUAAGGAUCUACUUGAAAAUAAAACUCCAAGAUGGCUGUCACCGAUGGAAGUGAAGGCUCUGAAAAGCUCAAUAUGGAGGCCAAAUGGCCGAAAUAUUGGGAAAUUUUGGAACAAGAUGGAGAUAGAUUGAAACUGCAGAGUUUUGAGAAAUUAAAAACAAAGUGCGAGACUGGCUUCAUUAUUAUCAGAUAAUGGAGGCAUAUAAUUUGGAUAAGAAAAUUGGCUUCCAGGUGGAAAAAUCAAAAUUAGAAACAGAACUGUUAGAACCCAAAACUAAGAUUUUGUCAAAGAUGUAUAACUUGCUGUUGAAAUGGAAUACUCAGGAUGAAACGGUGAAAUCUGCUAUGAUUAAAUGGGCUCAAGAUGUUGGACAUAACAUAAUGAUGGCUGACUGGGAACAGUUAUGGACCACAGGUAUGAAGUUUACGACAUGCAAUGCCUUAAGAGAGAAUAUUAUGAAAAUGAUAUACAGGUGGUACAUGACACCAGUCAAGCUUGCAAAAAUCUAUCAUUUGCCCGACAAUAAAUGUUGGAAAUGUAAAGAAACUGAAGGUACAUUCUUUCACCUUUGGUGGACGUGCCCAAGGAUUAAGGCUUUCUGGGAGAUGAUCUAUAAUGAAUUGAAAAAGGUAUUUAAAUAUACCUUCUUGAAGAAACCAGAGGCCUUUCUCCUAGGCAUAGUGGGCCAAUUGAUGUUAAAGAAGGAUAGAACUUUCUUUAUGUAUGCCACAACAGCAGCAAGAAUACUUAUUGCAAAGUAUUGGAAGACACAAGAACUACCCACUCUGGAAGAAUGGCAGAUGAAGGUGAUGGACUACAUGGAAUUGGCGGAAAUGACUGGCAGAAUCCGAGACCAGGGAGAAGAGUUGGUGGAAGAAGAUUGGAAGAAAUUUAAAGACUAUUUACAGAAAUAUUGCAAAAUUAAUGAAUGUUAGAAUGAUGUUAGAAUGAAGUUAGGUGGUUUAAGCAGUAAUGCUAUAAAGGUGUAUGUAAAAAUGGAUUGAUAACAGGUGAAAAUUUAAAGUUAUAGUAUAUUAAGUUAAAGGAUUAAGAGAAAAUAAAGAGGGAAAGAAAUUGCUGAAUUAACUAAUUGAAUUGGAAUACAAAAAGGGAGGUAUGAGGAGGUCAGGGAAACAAGGAUAUGAAUGUAAGGCAUGGAAAGAUUGAUCUAUUUUUUAAAGUGUUUUUUAUUCUUUUCUGUAUUUUGUAUUUUUCUUGUAUUUUUAUUUCUGUCUUUUGUUUUUGCUUUUCUUGUUUUUAUGUAACUCUUUUUUCUGAAAUUUUAAUAAAUAUCAUUUAAAAAAACAACAACAAAAUUUAGAAGUGUUAAAUUGAUUGCAAAACUAAUAAUGUAUACAUUUGAAAAAUAUAAAUAAGGGCCCUGCGGGACCUGACAUCUUUCCACAGGGCCUGCAAGACAGAGCUGUUCCACCAGGCCCUUGGUCAGGGCGCAGCCUGACCCCCUCCUCUGGCAAUCUGCACAGAAUUUUGCUUAAUGGUUGCCAUCAAUUUGAUUUUAAUUAAUUUUAUAAUGAAUGUUUUUAGAAUGUUGGAUUAUUUUGACUGUUGUUAGCCGCCCUGAGCCCAGCUUCGGCUGGGGAGGGCGGGAUAUAAAUAAAAUUUAUUAUUAUUAUUAUUAUUAAAAAAACUAAAAAAAAAAGCUGGAUGGUGAAAGGUGUAUUGAUGCAAUUUUGGGCGAAAGUUAGAUAUGGUGGAUGUGGGGCUGCUGCCUCACCCGCCCCCCGGCACCCUAUGUUGACUGUUCUCCCUGCCCCUCUUAUCACAUCAUUUCUCUUUGCUUUGUCAUGUCCAAUUCCAUUAUUACCUGGUCAGGACUGGCUCAAAACAUUUUGUUACCUGAAGUAGAACAGUAAAUGGUACCCCACCUACCCUCAAGUCAGUGAGUAGCAUCCAGGGUUGGCUAAGUUAUUUUAGCACUUGAAGCUAAAAACCAAACCACAUUCACCGCCUCUAUAAUGAUAAUGAUAUCUGAAUGAAGCCUUCCUGUUACUGCCUAGUAUAACCCCAUGUUGCAUAAGGCUGUAGCACCAUAUAUCAAAAGUUUUGAGUACUGGACACCACGAAUAAAUAUUUUUUAUUUUUUUAAAAAUUAAGUUGCUUCUGCUUACUAAAAUUAAGGUAUUUUGCAACAUGUUUUUCUCUCCAUGUAAUACUUAUCUGUCCCUCAGUGCAUCAUAAGUGGUUGGCGCAUUUGUAUACUUGUCCAAGGUAGCGUCCAGGAUUUGUAUUCCAUUUCCAGUUUUGUUGUGGGAAAGUUUGAUUAAAAUCAAUAGAAAAAUGAAAUGGAGAACACCCGAGCCCACUAUGAAAAAUGGCAAUCUCUAAAAGCAUCAUUAAGUUUCAGGCUCUGUUUCAGUAUUUAAUAUUUUAGAGAUGAGGUAAUUAAAAGAAGCAUUUGGUACCUACAGCCUGUUUGAGGUUUGGGAAGGAUGUGAGUAAUUUAUAGUCUACAAAGGUUAAUUAUUGAAAACAGUAGCUUCCUUAGGAGUGGCAUAUAUCUAAGGCACUCAGUACAAUGUUAUAUUCAUUUCAUAGAGCACUGAAAAGACACAUGAGUAUGGUUUUUUCCUAACCAAAUUUGGCUGACAUAAUUCCCAAACAUAACACAACUGCCUUUUAGCACAGACAAAGGACAUAAUCCAGCAAAAGUUGGUUGCAUCAAAGUCCUAUUGAAAGCACUCCAGUAUACACAUAAUUGAGAGUCCCAUGAAAAUUGCAUAGGAUUGCACUUGAGAAGCUAGUUGCAAUGAAGUCCUUUUCCAUUGCUUUUGUUGGGACUUAGAGGGUAAUUCUACCUAUAUCUACUCAGGAGUAAGUCCUACUGAAUUCAGUGAGGCUCACUGUCAGGUAGAUGGGGUUAGAUUGCAUCCCAAAACAUCUGGAGGGCGAUAGGUUCCUCACUCCUGCUAUAAAACAAGGCCAGCAAAAUGGCCCUAGAAUCCCAACUUAACCAAUUUGUGGUGAGGUUAAUAAACAGAAAAGGUAGUACCUAAAAGCCGAAUUUCACAGCAGCUGUAGGCUGCACAAAACACAGCACACUUUAAGCUGCAGAGAAUUUAAUAAGAAAGAACGGGGCUGCUUUCUUUCUUCUUCAUGAAGCUUUCAGAGGAAACCCUAGUGUAUAAACAAAGGAGACCAAUCAUUAGUGUCUGAAAGGACAUAAGGCUCCCUGUUGGGAUGUAAAUUAUAGCACUUAAAAGAGCUCCUCUUGUGACUCUGUCUGGGCCAUGUAUUCUGGGAAUGGUCACUUUCGGAAGUACAAAUUAGGAGUGGAUGACCAUUCCUGGUCUUGUACAAGAAUGAUGUAUGAUGUAUUAAAUGAAGCAGGAAAUUCUUGCUUCUAUAAUGGUUGAAGUGACAUAAUCUACUUCCAGUUCCUCCCUUGGGGCUAUCCCUUUUCUCCUGUUCCUGUCACUGCUGUGGUUCACAGUUACAUUUAACUUCUCUCAUUCGCCCCAAAAAAGGUCAUUUCCCCCCUGUUUGAAUAUAAAUGUGAAGUGAAAACAUUGUGUGGUAAACAGAUGUUAAUAAUAUGAAACAGGAAGAACUUGUUCCCCCAUCUGUUCUCCGCCACCUCUUCCUUUGACAAUAGGGUAACACAUCUUUAUCUGUUAUGGAACUUCUGGGUAGCAUGAUUGGGUGGUGGUGGGACUUCAAUACAAUUUGCAGAACCUGGAGGUUAUAAUUUUUGUGUCCAGUUUUCCAAAUGGGACACAUGAAAGCAGUGGAAAUACAGGAAAUGAAGUGUGGUUUCUGAGAUCCAACAUAGGAAGAGCCAGUGUUUUCAUGUUAAGUAGGUCACAUUGUUUGCAACUGAAUUAGAGCUUAGUUUAUUAAUCUGGUGCGUUUUUAUAGUUAAGUACUUCAACAUGACUGAAUCGGCUCCAUUUUCUGUGCACAUGAACACGAGUACUACAUUUGGAGCCAGUGUGGUGUAGUGGUUAAGAGCGGUAGUCUCGUAAUCUGGUGACCCAGGUUCGCUUCCCCGCUCCUCCACAUGCAGCUGCUGGGUGACCUUGGGCCAGUCACACUUCUUUGAAGUCUCUCAGCCCCACUCACCUCACAGAGUGUUUGUUGUGGGGGAGGAAGGGAAAGGAGAAUGUUAGCCGCUUUGAGACUCCUUCGGGUAGUGAUAAAGCGGGAUAUCAAAUCCAAACUCUUCUUCUUCUCUUCUAUUUGAGCUGUAUCACUUUUCAUCUAAGAAGCACCUUUCCCAGGACAUUAGGUAGGGUGAGACAGCUGCCUCAGGUGGCAGAAGUUGAGACGUAGAUAGAGCUGUUUGUGCCACACGACUGGCACUGUGCCACCUCGGCUAGCUGCCUCCAAGUGCAGGGGAGGGUGCUGUUCCAUUGCCAGUGUUGAAGUACGCUUUAAUGGGGGAGAGUGCCAUCUUGUCCUUUGCCUGGCACCUGCUAGUGCUACUAUUUACUUAAAUCUGGCCCAUUUUGGGGCGGGGAGAGCCAUAGUAACUGUUUAUAACAAAAAAAAGACAGAUUGUAAGCCUAUGGGCAUGACUAAUCACAUUACAAGCUGGAUGGGUCAAAAAUGAUUAUAUCUAGGCUACCUGGAAUUAAUACACCGGAAGGCUUUUUUUUUUUUUUUUAAAGAACUUGAUGGUUUAAAACAAAUAUUGGCUGUGAAAGAGCUCCAUUGAUAAAGAGCUGUAAAAGAAUAAGCAGAAACUGAAAAACAGGGGAACAAAUGCAGGGAUUUAGAAGCAACAAAAAUGGAAGAAUACAAGACAGACAGAGGAGGAAAAUAUAGAGAACAUAAGCAGGAACUAGAAAAUGCAUGCAUUUGAAGGUAAGAAACAGAAGCAUAAAGUGUUUCUCUUUAUUGGUUACUUUUUCCUUUUCACAAGAACAGAGAAAUUAUCAUAAUUGAAUGGGGGGGGAUUAAGUGAGUAGCAGAAUGCAGAUGAGAAAGAAGAGGCAUAAAGUGAGAACAGGUAGCAUUUCUCUGCAUGGUAGCUGCAUGAGUUCAUUUAUAGUAAGAAUGAUUUAUUUGUACCAGAUUCAUUUAAACAACCAGCAGCCUACGUUAUGUUGGAACCUGUGUGUGUGUGUGUGUGUGUGUAUAUAUAUGAAGACCAGUGAACUGCUUAAAUGUCAUUGAAAGAAAAUGGAUGUGAGUUUUAGCAGCUUAAGUGUGUACACGACUGUAGCUUUUGGACACAGAGGACUGAAUAUUCCUUGUAGCAAACACUUGUACUUCCUCUUUUGGCAAGGGAAACUGACUAUAUUAAUCAAUACUUUGCUUCAGUUUCAAAUUUUGCAUCCAAGUAGUAUAUGAUAGCUCAGCUUAUCUGGCAUUUUAUCAAUGUGGCCUCCUUCCCGUAUAGAGUUUCCAGUCCUUUAAAAGGUUAGCUCACGAUACUAGAACAUAUUUUGAAAGGAUCAAACUUUUCCAUCCUUGCUUCCUCCUCCAUUUCAAUUUUCUGUCAUUCCUCAUUUCAUUAUGAUGAUAGAAUCCAAUGUAAAGGAUGAAUAAACCUGAAUGUGCAGCUACAUUUGACAUGGCAAGGACAGCUCUGUCUUGCAAAAGUGAUGCAAUUAAUUCAUAACAUUGAAUGGGAAGUUCUACAAACCUAAGCACCAAAUGUUCUAGCAUUAUUGACAGACCAAUAUAUCAACAACAUUAAUUAGCUUCAGGUAUAUUUGGCUGAGAUCCUUAUUUUUAUAAAGUCAUUGAUCAUACAGGAAUUGCCCCUCAUAAUGACUGUCAUUUAUUUAUUUCCUGCCACCAAUUCUAGCUAAAAUGUUUUUGAGGCGGCUUACAAGAUCAUUUAUUUGGGAUAGCACAAAUUCAAAGCAUUGUUAGCUUUUGAAAUGUUGAUGUGAUUUAUAUCUCAAUAAAGUGCACAGUUAUUUUUAGGCAAAAACUGUAACUCUGAGGGCAUCAUUAACCCUUGGACUCAUGUGGCCAAGUCACACAUUACCACUGGUAAUAAUAUUCCCCCCCCCAAGCUUUUCUCUGUAUGCUUCCAAAGAUAUCUCUGCUUCUCUUACACAGAAACCAUAGCUCAGCAGCUGGGAACCUCCAGCCUAUGGGUAACUAGGGCUGGGUGUUAUCUGGUUUUCAACAUUGUGAUACAUCACCAGCUAAACAUAGUGAUAUGCUAAUAUAUCACAAUGUCUGAAAUAAGGAUGGAGCUAUGUAGAGGAAUUGACUGGUUUCACGGUAUAAUAUUAUAACACAGUGGUUCCCAAACACAUACACACAUCCACAAAAUAAAUAUAUCACCAGGUCAAAAAUUAUGACAUCAGUAUCAUGGACUUGAAACCGGUUUUGGACGAUAUAUUGAUAUAUUGCCCAGCCUUACAGGUGAUGAAGCCAAGCCCACCAGCCCUAAAUGUCAUAUAUGAUAGGUAUGGGGCAGGUAUGGCUAGGCCAAAAGGGGGUUGAAAGCACAGGUGAUCGGCUGAUUGGUGGCACCUGCAAAUCCUGGUUGUUGUUGUUGUUUAGUCGUUUAGUCAUGUCCGACUCUUCAUGUCCCCAUGGACCAGAGCACGCCAGGCACUCCUGUCUUCCACUGCCUCCCGCAGUUUAGUCAAACUCAUGCUGGUAGCUUCGAGAGCACUAUCCAACCAUCUCAUCCUCUGUCGUCCCCUUCUCCUUGUGCCCUCCAUCUUUCCCAACAUCAGGGUCUUUUCCAGGGAGUCUUCUCUUCUCAUGAGAUGGCCAAAGUAUUGGAGCCUCAGCUUCACAAUCUGUCCUUCCAGUGAGCACUCAGGGCUGAUUUCCUUAAGAAUGGAUAGGUUUGAUCUUCUUGCAGUCCAUGGGACUCUCAAGAGUCUCCUCCAGCACCAUAAUUCAAAAGCAUCAAUUCUUCAGCGAUCAGCCUUCUUUAUGGUCCAGCUCACACUUCCAUACAUCACCACUGGGAAAACCAUAGCUUUAAAUCCUGGUACACGUAGCUAAACAUGUGCACCAGGACAUGUGCAAAUAAAGCUCAACAACUUUUCUGUUCACUUUUUGAAAUAUGGCAACCCUAGUUUAAAAGCAGCGCUUUUUAAAACCAGAACUCUUUGGAACCUCUCAGGUGGGCACCAUUGCCAUUAGACGAGAACAAGGGAGGCAUUAAUGGUGAGUUCCGGCAUCUCUUUUUCUAGAAAAAUAGCACUGAUUUUUAGGAUACUGCGAAGCUGUUGUUAAUGACAAGCGGUAUUUCUAUGAGAUAGGAGGAAUUGCGGUCAUGUGUGAGCUGCACACUUAUACUGUACCAGGGUUUGGCUCUACUACACCAGUCUUGUGGUGUGUCAUAUUCUGUGCUUUCCUCCCUUUUACUUAUUCCAGCCAGACGUGACCUUUUAUGGAACAGCCAAAGGGAAUGGCUUUCCAUGAGCUUUGCCCCCUGCUGAUGUCUUUAAUGCGACUGUCACUGUGUACUUCAGGGCUGUACUAUGGGAUGAAUUUGGAUUCUGGGCACGUCAACUUGUCACAUCACAUGAAGUAUGUCACUAAAGCACAGUCCAUGAAGGGUAAUAGGAGGCAAUGGGAAGGGUUAUGUGAGGACAGAUGCCUGCAGGGAAAUGGAUGGGCACAUACUCUUAAGCUUAAACUUCCUUUUGAACUCUUCGCCCUGAUUCCAGUAUAGAAUGUGAGCCUUUUUUAACCUGUAGGGCCACUCUCAUAGGGUUUCGUAGUGCCUGGAAUGAUAUUCUUUUUGAUACCCAUUUUUAGCAAAUUAGCUGGCCAUGAUUUGUAGCUUUCAUGAAAAAAGUGUAACCUUCUAUCCCUUUGUAAGUCUAGUGUAAACGAUAAAAGAAAAUGCACAGGCAGUAUUCUGUCCAGUUGUUCAAGUAAAAAGCCAGCCUCCCCACAGCCUCUGUGUGGACUAUAUUCUUACAUGUACUAGGUCCAUAUUCUCACAAAAGCCAAAAACUAAUUCACAACGAAAACAAACUUUUUGGACAAAAAUGAAAGAAGAGCUGGAAUGAAUUAGAGCAAAAUGUCAUUGCUGUUGUUGUUUUGUUUAAUACACUCUGCAGAGUCUCUCUUUUUUAAAAAUCCUUCUAAAAUAUUUAAUAGCAUAUGUGGUCCUCUUUGAAAUUCAGAACAGUUGUCUUGAAUUGGGGACACACACACACACGGGGGUGGGGGUGGGGGUGGUGCAUACACACCAUAGCUUCAAAGCACAUGACUUCCACCAUUGAAUCCUGGGAACUAGUUUACCCCUCACAGGGCUAUAAUUCCCAGCACCCUGAACUACAUUUCCCAAGGGAUGUCAUGUGCUUUAAAAUAUGGUGUGUAUACAGCCAAAUAGGGACUCUGCAUAGCUCUUCUCUUUUCUGUGCCUUGCAUGACGCAAAUACAUGCGCAUAUAUAUAUAUAUAAUAUUAAAGUCAUUUAGAUUUUUCUAGCACAAACUAUACAUGCCCUCCUCCCCGCUUGUAGGCAAAUGUGUAGAUUUGCAACACAGGACGAAGGGCAGUUGCUGAACUACCUUCUACAGCAUUCAUUUUUCUCUUAGACCUGGAAGUGUGUCUGUAGCAUCUUCUGUACCCUUCUGAUUAGAUUACAGUAGGAAGAGAUAUGCCCACAGGCUCCCCCCACCCCCUCCCGUUGUUCAAGUACAUUGUUGUGCCUUUACUUCGCAGGCAGCUUUCUAUGUCUGUGCAAUCACACAUCACAUACGAGUUAAUCAGACUUUCCACCCUAAAAUUUGUGCUUCACACACUUACAUGGUGGAAAAACCACAAGCAAGCAAUUGUUGUCAAGCAGGACGCAAUUGGAAGAGAAAUCUUGAGUUCUGCCUUAGUUCACCCUUUAACAGAUAAUGUAAUAAUAAUAAUAAUAAUAAUAAUAAUAAUAAUAAUAAUAAUAAUUUAUUAUUUAUACCCCGCCCAUCUGGCUGAGUUUCCCCAGCCACUCUGGGUGGCUCCCAAUCAAGUGUUAAAAACAGUACAGCGUUAUAUAUUAAAAACUAAUGGGAAACAAUUUUAUGCAAACUCUUGGGAGAAGAUGACCAUUAGUCAUUAAAAAAAUACAGAAUUUGGACCUGCAAGGCUUAACAUUUGUUCCUAAGCCUACUUACCCAGACAGAAAUUCCAUUAAAAUUAGUGGGACGGGAAUUGAAAUAAUAAUCCAUCUGGUUGGGCUGCAAAGUUCAUACUUCACAGAGCCAUGAACUUAUUGAAUGGCUUUGGACAAACUUCUGUGGGUUGGAUCCAAAGUCUUCACUCUUUGAACUGCAGGAGUUUCCGUUCAUGGGAGGGUAGUUCUGUUCUCUCUUUUCUGGAAUUUUUCAAUUAGAGUUUUCACAAUACAAUUAAAAGAACAAACUAAUCUGCAGGAAAGAAAGAAAGAAAGAAAGAAAGAAAGAAAGAAAGAGAAAGAAAGGAAGGAAAGAAGAAAAAGAAACUGCAAAAUCAUCUCUCACCACUGUAUCUUAACUUUCAUCCCCUACGGAGGAAGGUGUGCCCUCCGAGCUCUCACCUGGGCACAUCCCUCUCUUCUAACAGCCUCUAACCCUGUGGCCUCUCCCCUUCAUCGCCUCUCACACAGGGUCCUCACACUGUCCUUCAUGGAAAGAUAGUUCUGAUCACUGAAUGGGUCCUCCUAUGAGUGGAAGUACGGAAGUCCCUUCUGCUCACAGAUUGAAGAUGUUGGGAUAUUAAACUCAUUCAUGAUAUUUUCAGUCAUUUCCUAUUGUUAAAUUUGGGAAUAAUGAAACACUUCUGCCUAAUAAUGGACAGAGAUUGGGCAGGGGCAGGGAGGGUGAUGAGAUGAAGUAAGCGAGUCUUUGGUGUAUGUUAUGUUUAAUUUACUUGUUUCUGGAAGAGCCUUUCCCACGUUGCCAAAAUCUUGUGCAUUCUGUCUUUGAAUUAUUUGAUGGGGAUUACAUUGGGCACCCACAACCUCUGAGUAUGUAGGCCUGAGUCCCCAGCACACACAGCACAAGUGUUGUUUGUCGUUGGUGUUUAGUUCCAUACGUUGAACGCUUGCGCUUUCAUUUGCAGAGCAAGCAAGAAUUUUAAUAAUGUAAUGAGGACAUGCUGAGAAUGUUUGCUUUCCAUUAGUGAAGGGAGGCAUUUGAUUCCUUUCUGAGAUGGAGGUAGAAGAGAAAGUAAUUAGCUAGAGUUGACAUCGCCAGAGUCAGCUAAAAUAGCACUGCCAGAUGUCUGUGUUCUGCUGGUUUUGCCCCAGACAUCUGUGGAUAAGCUAGAAGGGGGGGGGGGGGACAAACAAUGCUAAGGCACAAAUAGAUAUAGCAUAAAGUAAUCUGACUCCUUAGGUUUGAAUGCCUGAUCUUCUGGGAACUGCCAUGGCAGUUUAUUAACUGUAUUUUGUUUUCUUUUUUAAAUUAUCUGCUCCUUAGUGACAUAGAUCUUUAUGGGAAAAGGUCUGAUUUCACCAGAGUUUCUUUAGGCAUGCUUUUAUAUCCCAUAGUUUGGUUUGCAUUGCCUUUGCUUUUGGCUUAAUUUGUUGUUGUUUUUUAACAAUAAAAUAGCAGUCACCCAUCCUAGUGAUUUGGUCAAUGGUCUUUCUGCAUCAGUAUGCCUGCUGGAAGUCUCUUUGGUGAAGAUAAACUGCGCUUGUGUAAUCUUUAAGCCCUGUUGUACACUUAGGCCUUCACUUCCACUGAACUAAAAUGUGCAUAAUUCUUUAGGGAAACUCCUUCAAAUUAAAUUGAUCUCACACAGGUAUAGCUUGGCAACAUAGGUACAGUACAUAUUUCAGGGGUACCCGCUGUAAUUCAGGGAUUCUCCCUAGUGAGCCUUAUAAGGCCACAGCUUUACUGGGGUUCUGCUCUGAGUAGAUCUUAGCUGAAUAACACCCAUUUUGCCCCAGUAGCUGCCCUGUGUGAUUCAAGAGCUCCAUGACCCAGAUUAUCCCUUCAAGAGCUAGAGAAUGCUGAGGUGACCCAGUGGACUUUCAUGCUGCUUCACUGGUGCCCACAUGACCAGUAGGGUUGCUUAUUCUGUUGGGCCAAAACAACGUGUAUAAUAAAUGCGCUCACACUCAGGUCACCAACAACAGCUUGUUCAGUGAGGAGAGGGAAAAGCAACAUGCCACCAUUUCUUUCCUAAAAAGACAGAGCGACCAUUGUUCCCAAAUUACAUAAUCCCAAAUGUUUAUGAAAUCAGACUGCUCAAACUGUAGUCCUAUUGCUAGCAAAGCAAGCCAACCACUUGGCAGAUGAUCAUGCAAACUGAGGCAUGACAAAGCUUCAGUGUUGACCAGAUGGUUGCAAAAAGUGUUCCUAAAAGACAAAACUAAAAAAAAUAUGUAUCACCUAUGGAGGCUGGUCUCUUAGGGCAAUCAGUCCUACCAGGUGAAAUGGCCAGCAAUUUUUUCAAUAAAAGGUUAUCCCCAAUAUUUCAAAACUAUACUCUUUCCUGUCCCACGUAUCCUUCCAUGAGCCAUUUCAAUGUAGAGAGAAUCCUGGAUAGUUUUCUGUCAAUCUCUCAUUCUCUGGCCAAUCAGCUCUCUGUACCGCUCAACCAUUCUCAAUCCAAAUACAGUGGUACCUCGGGUUACAUACGCUUCAGGUUACACACUCCGCUAACCCAGAAAUAGUGCUUCAGGUUAAGAACUUUGCUUCAGGAUGAGAACAGAAAUUGUGUUCUGGCGGCGCAGCGGCAGCAGGAGGCCCCAUUAGCUAAAGUGGUGCUUCAGGUUAAGAACAGUUUCAGGUUAAGAAUGGACCUCUGGAACGAAUUAAGUACUUAACCCGAGGUACCACUGUAAUUGCUAGGCCAGGAGCAUCCACUCAUCUGUCUACAGGCAGAAAAAUCAAUUUUUUAUCUUACCAGGGCAAAUUAUCACAACUUUCUCGCUGCACUCAAUACAAACUGAAAUAAGUGUGCCCUUCAUAAUCUUAUACCGCAGAUACUUCUGUGGACCACCUGAAAAUUGCAAAUUUUUGCAAAGCUUUUAUAAUUUAGAUACCGUAGUUUUGAAUCCAGAUUAUAAAAGACAUUGGUUACAUUAUACAGGAAGAGGAUCUCAAUGGUUGUCUGCUUUGCAUACAGGCACCCGCAAAUUCAAUCCCUACCAGUUCAGAAUCUCAGGAAGUGGGGAUGGGAAAGACCUCCUUCUGGCACCCUGGGAUAGAUAGACCAGCGAUUUGACUUGGGGCCAAACUAAGGACUCAGCUACAUUAGGAAAGAAAAAAUGUUUUAUAUGUGUUAUAACGCUGUGACACCAGAUGGCUCCCGUCUUUCGCCAACGUGAUUUCGCAUAAUGAAGUUUACGACGUGUUUUCCAAAAACGCUUUUUUGAUGUGUGUAGAUCCAGCCUAAGUGCCAAUAAGAGACUUCCUUCCGAUGCAAACUACUAGCUUCAGGGGAGGAUUUUUCCUUAGGACCUAACAAUUAAUAGCCUCUCCUCAACUAAUGCAUGGUUUUUGUUUGUUUUUAAAAUGCAAAUGACACAUUAAAAGCAGACACAUUUAACAUCAAGUCUAGUUUGUUUCUUAGAAUAUUGUUGCACGCCACCCCAAUCUCAGUGGUACGGUGUUCCAGGCAGUUACCCAGGGUUUGUGUUUCCUUUGGAAUUAGUUACAGUAUAUAUAUAUUGUUUAUUUGCACAUAUACAGUACACAACCUGAGCCUGUGAUGGAGGGGUUCACAGCAUUAACACCCCAAGAGGAACUUUCUUCUCCUAUAGCUGUAGCCUUGAAUUCAAACGGAAAUCAAUCAUUGCUGUGACUUUCUGGCUUCCUAGCCUGCUACUUUUCCACUUCUAGUUUCUAGCUCAAAUCACCCCACUCUCAACUGUAGUCUUUGCCUUUCUAACCAGCGAGUUGAGGGAACAGGCCCACCUCACUUUCUUUGUUCCCUUAUUGGCCCAUUACCUAGGCUAUCACCUCACGAGGAAUUUGAACCCUUGCUUAUAAUAACACUUGCUGGAUCCAAGGGUUAGAAAGGUCUCGACCUACAGUCUACUCCCCCACCCCAAACUCAUGACAGUAUAAAGCAGUGUCAUGUGCUUACACGGCUGGCUCAUUUCAGUCCACUAAGCACUUGCAACUCCUUUCAGGGCCACAGCCAGUCUUUCUAUAUGCAUAUGCACAUUUGUAUAAAUCUAAAGUCCUGAGCCAGUGAGAUUUUGCUGGUUCUUGUAUGCAGGUGACUGAAAUUCGGUAAUGGGCCUUCUCAGUAGCGGCGCCUGCCCUGUGGAACGCCCUCCCACUAGAUGUCAAGGAAAUAAACAACUAUCUGACUUUUAGAAAACAUCUGAAGGCAGCCCUGUUUAGGGAAGUUUUUAAUGUUUGAUGUUCUAUUGUGCUUUUAAUUCUGUUGGGAGCUACCCAGAGUGGCUGGGGAAACCCAGCCAGAUGGGCGGGGUAUUAAUAAUAAUAAUAAUAAUAAUAAUAAUAAUAUAAUAUCUGACCUUCCAGUUGCCAACCCCUGCUGCUGGGGUUCUCAACAGCCCUACAGCAAUAAACCAGAACCUUCAUGGGAGUUGUGGUGGCAAUAUUAUUAUUAUUAGGCAUUAUUAUUUGUUUACAUUUGGUAGUUGCUUUAUACAAAAAAGGUCUCUAAGCGACUCAGCAAGAUAAAAUGCAAACAGGUAAAAUCAAUUGAAAACCAGCAAAUAUAAAACAAUUCCUAAAAUGUUCAUCCAACAACACAAUAUGGGCAAGUACUACCCCAGCCCACCAAAAGACGAGCAACAACAGUGGAGGCUAACUUAACUAAAAAAGAUGGGUAGAUAAAAACGUGUUUGCCUGGUACAGGCGACUCCCCACUUAGGCGGGAGUUACGUUCUAGGCCCCUGCGUCAAAUUGCAUAAAAUGGGGAGCACCCUCUGAACACCCUUUAAAUGCCCUCUCUAUCAUUUGGUCUUCAAUCCAUACCAAAAAUACUGUGUCAAAAAAUAUCCACAAGUAAAACAAAGCUCUGGGGCUGGCUGGAGGCUAUGUGGGAAAGUGGCGGCUGCUGCUGUGCUACCCUGCACACCAGCUCUUAGGCAGGAAAGUUGAGCAGCAUAAACAAAGUCGCCCUAUAUCUCUGGUAUCUUUGGGGCUUCCUCCACCCUCAUUGAGGUGGGUAGGGACACCACCAGAAAGGCCUGUUCAUAACAUAACGUUUGCUCUUUGCAGUACUUCAUUUUAGUUUGUAGGAUCUUUAUGUAUUGAUACUUGAAUUCUCAUAGCAGAUGAUAAGUUAUCAUCGCCUCUAACAGGACGUGGCCUACCCACUCUGGGAUUGGGCCAUACCCAUUGUGAUUCCUGAGCAAUGCAGGGCUUAAAGGGCAUUGCCAAUGGAAGCCCAGAAGCAAUGGAACAAAAUAUUCAUAUAUUUGCAAAGGCUGCUGCCAACCACUGCUGUGCUGAGAUUUCUACCCCCUUGGCCAUAUGAAUAGUUUGGUAUGUGCCUUUCGGGCUUGGAAAAUGUGUUGCAGGUUUCUAUAAAGGCAGGAUUUCUGCAUUUCUGGCUGUAUCCCGAUCCUAGAGUCCUACGGAGAGGACAUACUCUGUUGACAAAGACUUGUUAAGAUCACAGAUUUACACUGAAUAGCUUUGCAGCCAAAGGUACAAUUGGAACUUUUACCUAUUAAAGGAAUGUAGGUCAGCUACAUGAAUUCUCUCUCUGAAGCCAAACAAACCUAAUUUUAUAUGAAUCAAGGAGACACAGUGGGAGAUGGUUGGUUUUUAGUAACAAAGGUUCGGAGGCACUAAACAGGCAAUCUGGACGUUUGAGGAAUAAGCUCAGUAGAAAAUAAACAUGCCUAUGGUUGCCAGAUCAAAGUACUAAAAAUCAGAGAGGUUUGUUCUGUUAGAGCUGGGAAUAUUCUGAAAUAUUCAGUAUCCCUUACCUUCUAUAGCCAUUUCAAACAUGCUACCACUAGGGAAUAUUUUCACCCAGCAAAAAAUCCUGGAGCAAGUUAUGCAAGGUGUGGCACCAUUAAGUCAUUCAGAGCAGUGGCUAGGCCUCGAGCAGGUCUCCUGUUGUUUUAUCAUGAAAUUGUGUGUGGAACAUCUCACUAGCACCCUUCCGUAACUUUACAUCAAGGAGUGUCCUCCAUGACCCAUCUCCUCUAUCAAGAACCCUUGAUAAGCUUCUGAGGAACUCUCCAGGAAAUAGUUUAGAAACCACUGUUGUGUAGGGUGGCAAUACUGUCAAAUAAGGAACAAUCCUUUAAAUCUGGGGUGGGCCUGCUUUAAAUAAAGGGUUAUUUGGUAAUCUUACUGAGAUGAUAUAGCUCAUGCUGAACUAGAAGCACUUCCUUGCUCUGUUCAGUUUAACCAAGAGGCUUUAGACCUGUUGGAUGGGCUCGCUUGUAUGCCUCUUUUUGGAGAUGGCAGGAAUGUCUAUGUAAAACGUAGUAUCUGUGACCAUGAACUGGAGUUAACACUCUUAGUUUUAAGAGAUACAGGCUGCAUACACACUGGACAUUGAAAGCACCCUCCCCCAAAAGAAUCCUGGGAACUGUAGUGUGUUAAGUAUGCAGUGUAUUGCAGCUCUGUGAUGGGUAAACUGCAGUUCCCCGGAAUCUUUGCAGGCGGGGGAAUGUGCUUUAAAUCUAUGGUCUGUACAAUAAAUUCAAAGUAUAUAUUCAGAAACUUUUUUGAAAAACAUAGCUAUUGUAAUGACGGAAAUAUGGCUAGAGAAUUCAAUGGCUAGGCAGUACGCAUGCAAGGAACUGAAUUAUAACCCCUGAGAUAAUACCCAGGUUAUUUUCUGUGAGGUAAUGCCACCUGUUCACAGAAAUCCUAAGAUGCAGAAAAGCAUAUUCAUCCUUUUAAACACUAUAUUCUAUUUAUUAGUACCUUAGCAGGGAAUAAUAACAUUUCAGCUAAAUAGGUAAAUAAGUUGACAGAACACUGCUGUGUUCAGACAGAACCAGAUUUCCCUUAUAAACAGUACAUAUAAACGAGUAGGGAAUGUAGUUAAUAAAAUUUGAAGAUGAUACAAAAUCAGGAAGAGUUGCAGACACUAAUAAAGGACGAUGAGAACCUCUUGCAAAAGGUUUGGCAUGGACCAAUGGUUUUUGCUCUUAUGAUGACAUGAGUUCCAUAGUCACCCUUUUCAGAGUGGCAUCAUAUUUUCUUGCAUGCCAAGAAAUAAAGCUGUUUGCAUGUGGUAAUGGUCAGAAGCCCUGAAUUCAGCUCACACCACUUUCUCUGUAAGUGAAACUAAAAUGGAGUAUCUUCACUGUGUCUUCUGGAGCCAUAACAAAAGCAACGAUUGUGCGUGAAUGAUUACCCCCCCCAUUUAUUUAAAUGGAUUCAACAUUUCUGAAUUACUAGACUAGACUGUAGGGCCAUGAAUGUCCUAACCUCACCUACUCUUUCUCUCCAAUGUCUGACAGGAAUUGGAAAGAACGUCAUUUGCGACAGGACAGCCACUCCACUGGAUGCCUUUCGGAUGAUGACAGCUGCGCACUAUUACCCCAAGCUCAUGAGCAUCAUGGGCAACGUCCUCCGCUUCCUGCCUGCCUUUGUGAAGAUGAAGCAGCUGAUUCAAGAGGGCUACGUUGGAGAACUGCUUGUAUGUGAGGUACAAGUUCACAGUGGGAGCCUGCUGGGGAAGAAAUACAACUGGAGCUGCGAUGACUUGAUGGGGGGCGGGGGGCUGCAUUCGGUUGGUACCUACAUCAUUGACCUCUUGACCUUCCUCACUAGCCAGAAGGCUGUGAAAGUGCACGGGCUGCUUAAGACCUUUGUGAAACAGACGGACUACAUCAAGGGAAUCCGCCAAAUCACGAGCGACGACUUUUGCACGUUUCAGAUGGUCCUGGAAGGCGGGGUGUGUUGCACCGUCACCCUCAACUUCAACGUGCCCGGGGAAUUUAAGCAAGAUAUUGUUGUGGUGGGCUCCAGCGGGAGGCUGACUGUAAUAGGCAUGGAUUUGUAUGGGCAGAGCAACAGCUCGCCACAAAAAGAGCUCCUUUUGAAGGAUUCCACCCCUGUCAGCAAUGCCCUGCUGCCCGAAAAGGCCUUCAGCGACAUCCCUUCCCCAUACCUCCGUGGAACUAUAAAGAUGGUGCAGGCUGUCCGUCAAGCGUUUGAGGAUCAAGAUGACAGGCGGACGUGGGAUGGGCGGCCGCUCACAAUGGCUGCGACUUUUGAUGACUGUCUCUAUGCUUUGUGUGUGGUGGACACCAUUAAAAAAUCGAACCAGCUGGGUGAAUGGCAGAACAUUGCGAUCAUGACUGAGGAGCCAGAGCUGAGCCCUGCUUACUUGAUCAGCGAAGCAAUGCGCAGGAGCAGAAUGUCUCUGUACUGCUAGGGUUGUGGGGUUUUUUGGCCACCUCUCAGAAAAAGGUGGAUCAUUGCAGUUCUUUCCUUACAGAAAAAACAUGCCAUGUGUCUCAGGCCUUGGACAAGGAAGACAAUAUAGGGAAUAAAUCCUUGCUAUUUAAACCACAUUGCCUAGUUGGUGCUGAAAUAUUAGAUGCGUUCGAAAUGCUUGCUUUGGUAGUUGUUCGAGACUCUGUUAAAGAGAAACUUGCAUUAACUGUUUACAAAAUAGCAUUAUAGGAAGGUAGAACAGCAUCCAUUUACAACCUACAGGUGCACAGCUGAUGCAGUUGCGUUUACUGUGAAUAAAAGGUUCGGGGAGGUCUAGUUUGAGACAUUCCUCACCAGUUAGCAGGCUGCAAAGCUGGUGACUUAUCAGAAAGCCCCUUCCUUGCAGAAAGCAAAACUGGCUGGCUUCUGACAUGGACACUUGCAGUCCCGCUGAUAAUAGCAUGCUAAUUGAUUACUGCAUCAUUCAGUAACCCAUGCACCUGUAUCAGUUUCAUAGACAGAAUAAGAACACUUUGGGUAUGACUGUGUUGUGUGACCUGGGAAAUUUGGCAGCUUGGUUUUCAUAGUUAAUAAUGAAGGUUUAUGUUCUGUUUGGACUCCCCCCCCCUUUCAAGGUAACGGAAAUAGAAACAUGUAUAUUUUAAAAAAUACAUGCAGCUCCAAAAUAGCAGCAUGUUUCUUCUAGGGCCCUGGAAGAAUUCAAUACGACGCACAACAAUCUGUAGAUAAAUAAGGGUAAUUACUUACAGGGUGACCAGCCAGUCUCCUUAUGUUCUCGGAUUGUUGAUAAAUUCCAGAGAGACAACCAUGUCAGUCUGCCAUAACAAAACUAAUAUAGAAUCAUAGAGAUGGAGGGGACCCUGAGGAUCAUCUAGUCCGACCCCCUGCAAUGCAGGAAUAUGCAGCUGCCCCUUACGGGGAUCGAGCCUGCAGCCUUGGUGUUACCAGCACCAUGCUCUAACCAAGUGAGCUAUCCAUGUUUAGUACUGUGCAAAAGCUUUCAUGGACCAGAGCUUACUUUGUUAGAUGCACUAAGUAGCCCAUCAGACAAGGUGCGUACGGUCUACAAAAACGUGAUCGUUUUUUUAAGGUGUCACAGGACUCUUUUUUUCUGACUUGGGGUUUGGUCUUUAGGGCCCACACUAGGACAAGAUUUUUAAAAGCAUAGGUUUCAACAAAACCUAACAUGUUUUAGGAGGAAAUUGCACAAAAACAUAGCAUGAUUUGUCCAAAGUCUAGGUGAGACGUAGAGACUGCUACCUGAACAGCUACUAGAUAAAUUUUUCUUGGCUUGCACAUCAUCGCUGAGAUGACAUGGCAGCUUGCACUGAAAAAUCUAACUGGGUACUUACUCCUAGAACAGUAAAGGAGUUUACCUUUCCUUUUGGUAUCUACUGGACUUUAAAUGUAUUCAGUCCAUUUCACUUCUUUGUAGGUAGUUAAUACAUUAUCUUAUUACUUCCUUGCAUCAUUGAAUUCCAGUUACAUAUUUUUUUUGGAUCAAUGCCUUGAUGCAGACUCUGCUUCUUCCUUCUCCAACACCUGAAGAGGUUGCCUGUAUUUGGAGCAGUAGAUAGGAGACUAAAAGAUGAAAUGAAGGAAGAGUGGGUAACAGCACUCCUCCUAAAAGUUACCUGUACUAGCCAUCCCUGAUUGUGAUGUGUAACAGCAGCAGGAUGCACAUAAGAUGCAUGUAAUAUUUAUGGGCAGAGGAGCAGAUUUCUGCUAGAUGGCACUGGGGGCAUCAGAUCACGGAAGGGAGGAUAAGCUUAGAAGGGGUGGUUGCAAGUUCCAAGAAAUCUGAGAACUGAAACACUGUUCUGUACGAUUUGACAAUACAAAUAAUCAAAGGCUCUCCAUUUGUGUUGCUGUGUUUCCAGCCCACCACCUCUUGAAAAGCACUUGAAUGACUAGCAUAUUAACUCUGUCAUUUAUACUAUUUUAUAGGAUUCUCAUUUUUUUAAAGAUUACCCAUCAAUCUUAUUGGUGUCAUUUUGUACCACUGCGGAAAGGUCUAGUCAAUUCAAUCAUCUCUUUGUUUUCCUGUCAUUCUCUUAUGCUGAAUAUCGGUCAGGGUGGUGCACUAACAAUGUUAAAAAACAGAGAGGAAAAUAGAGUACACAGUUCUAUAAAUCCUCUUAUGUGUAGAAUUAGCAUGCCAUCAUCUUUCAGUGAUUAAUUGCAACCCUCUACUUAAUCUGGAUCUUAAAUGAUGCCUUGUUUUUAUUUUUUUAACCUUAAAUCCAAGUGUACAUUUAUUGCUGUAUAUAUUUAUUGUGUUUUACAAGUGUGUGUGUGUGUGUGUGUGUACAUAUGUACACGAGAGAGAGAGAGAGAGAGAGAGAGAGAGAGAGAAGCAAACUAGGUAUAUACAAAAUGUCAUUGCAUGGGCAUUUUAUGUACAGUAGAUAUUUUAAAAGUUAUUUAUCAAACAAAAAGUGUGUGAUAAAACAGAGUCUAUAUUUUAUAUAUCUAUACUGUAGAUAGCAAAAACGAAACCGCAUUUAAAUUAUAGCAAGAGGAUAUGGGAGUAUUUUUUAAAGAAAAGGGAAGGCCUGUGGUGGUUUCUAGCAUUUUGACAGCUUGGCUACUUUUAAUGGAAAGUUGCAUUUUGUGGCUCUCGGCUGCAGCAAAGUCUGUCCUCCUCCUCCUUGAAAGGAUGGUAUCCGUGUAUUACUUUUCCAUUGCUUGGGGAAUGUAGUUAGUUAUAGCCAGCCAUGAGCAUAUAUGUGCUGCUUAAAACAUGGGUUUCCUGCUGUUCUUACAUAUUUGCACUGUUGGAAUAAAGAGAAGCUAAACAGUGAAUAAAGACAUAAAAGGAAAUGGGAUUGCA